ACAGCGGAGGGGAGUAUAUGAUUGUACUUUAAAAUUAGCUACUUGGCUGAGUGCAUUAAUUUCAUGAACGAGGCUGUACCCUGUCCUUUGAACCUAAUGAUCUCAAAAAACUUAGAAUUCAGUCACCAAUUAUCCAGAGGCACUGCUGCAUAUUGGUGUUUGCCAACCACAGCAAAGGUCCUAGAACACCUCCUGCUGGUAAAAAUAUGCAUUUAUUAUUGUGGCUUUUUUAUUGCAACUCAACAUCCAAAUUUGCAUUAUGAGCAUCAUCCUUUUUAAGCCUCGGCUUUGCAUCACUACACAAAUGUUAUCUGACUUUAAUACAGUUUAGGAAACCGAUAUCUACCUGGAGUAAAAAGCCUUGUAUUUGAAAAAGUUGGGAUCCAAAUGUGAGGUAAAGUCAGUGUAAAAAAAAGGGUAAUUUUAGAAGCACAUAUCAAGUAGUCACAUAUUUACAUUAAACAUUUUUGUUAUACUUAAAGGUUAUCACAAAACAGGCUCUUUCUAACUGAAUUUAUAUCAUAUUUAACUAAAUAUGCCCAAGUGUGUGCUAUUUGGGUUUGAGGACUUUUACGAUAUUUAACCACAACUACCAUCAAUCUAUAGGCUUUAAUUGGUGCAUCUGUACAAUGUUGAACAUUAAAGCUCCUAUUGGGAUUCAUUGAUGUUGAUGAAAUAGACUAAGAUUUAUUUUGAUGCCUUUUUAUUAAAUCUUAAAGCAAACAAAACUCCCUGGGACACGAUCAACGGUUUCUUUAUUGCCAUUUGUAGUGCGGAUAAAAGCCUCAUUUUCACAGUUUCCACAUAAAUAUUCUCACUGAAUGACACAUUAAAACUCAGAUCUAAGUCAAAUCAAACCAUACAGAUGUAACAAUAUGUAUAUAAUUAUUUAGUUUGUCAGGAUAGUUAUGACUCUUACAGAACUUUGCAGCCAAGUCUCCUCUGAAAAACCUGCUUCUUCUCAUAAGUCGACGUUCACUAUUUUCUCAUUAUCAGUCACUAGAUGGCAGUGUUGUUGAAGCAAUACUUGUCACAGGAUUGACACUGGAACAGGCACAAUUUCAUCAUUCCCAGACAGACACAAAGGAAUGAAGAUCAAGCUCUUUAAAUUUUCUUGUGGUUAAUUAAACUGAUCGUGGCUAUGCUAAUUAUUAAUAUCGGACUCAUUUUGCGUCUGGAUAAGGUAUAGGAUGGUGGGUGUAGAGAGAUGUUGGUGGUUGAGGUGGCUGACCACAGAGAACUUCUCCACGUUUAUUGUUAUUUAUAAUGAUAAUAAUAAAUUUUAUUUAUAACAUGCUUUUACAGGUGCUCACAGACACCUUACAAAGACAAAACAAUAAAAUAAUAAUUCCAGAGGGUGGGGGCUGCAAUGGAGAAGGCUCUGUCCCCCCAAGUUCGGUGCUUUGUCCGAGGGGGGAGGGCAAGGAGAAUUCGAGGAUUGGAGGGCACAGGAGGGAAUGUUAUUGCCAUUUAUUGUUUUAAAAAGUUGCGUAGAAAAUGUUAAAGCAGGGCUGUCUCUCCAGCCAAAGCCUGAGGCAUUAAAAACUAUAAUGAAAAUUUUUAAUAUGAAUAUGAGUCCAUUUUAUUGAUGCCAAAAAACUCCUCACAGCGGCUUUAAAUAUGGAUAUGGUCACUUGGUGCAUUGUACCAGUUUGCUUAAAGCUAAAUCACAUCUGCAGUCCCUGGGCAUUGCUGGGUCUGUUGUUUUUAGGUCAUAGUGCAUUAAAGUUAACACCACAGUGCAACAUCUGCAGGGAAAGGUUGGUGUGUGUAGAUAGACUUUGGUGGUGGAAGUGGCUGACCACAGAGAACUUCUCCAUGUUUAUUGUUAUUUAUAGCCAUUUAUUGUUAAAAAAUUACAUGGAAAAUGUAAAAGCAGGGCUGUCUCUUCAGCCAAACCCUUCACACCUAUUUUAGGCAUUAAAAACUAAAACGCAAAAUCUGUCAGCCUUGUUGCAGAUGGUCUUGUUUGCUUUUGUUUGCUGUUAAAUAGGCAUCAAUAUGAAUAUGAGUCCAUUUUAUUUGCAUUUUUUUGCGUCAUUAACUUCCGUUGUUUUUUUUUUUAAUCUGCAGUUUUUUUUAAUAUUUGCAGGGGACUUUGGUUCCUUUUUUCGCAACAGUAACAUCCGUUGUGACUUUUUUUUUUUUUUUUUUUUUUUGGCGGUUCUCAGCCACCGUAUUUUUUUUUUUUGCGUCAUUAGCUUCCGUUGUGUUUUUUUUUUUUUUUAAAAUCUGCACUGUUUCUUUUUUUAUUUGCAGCGGGCUUUGGUUUCUUUCUUCUUCUUUUUUUGCAUCAGUAACAUCUGUUGUGACUUUUUUUUUUUUGCAUUUUUUUUUUUUGGUAGCAAUGGCGGUUCUCAGCCACCGUACCUGGGCAUUGCUGGAUCUUUUGUUUUUAGGUCAUCGUACAUUAGAGUUUCUUAAAAGUGCAACACCAUAGCGCAACAUCUGCAAGGAAAAUUGGAGCUCGUGCCCAUUGUGGCUGAUCAUGGGUGUUGCCUGUGGCACGCAUGAUCACACGUGGUUUUAUCACAAGAGAGCAGAGAAAACAGAAGAGAAAGUUGGAUUGGUUACUCAGAGGUUUGCAUUAGACUGAACUUUGGGGGGGUUUUCAAUGAAACAUCUGCCACGGGUGAUGACCCUUGUGAACCAUCCCCCUUAACCCCCACUCUCCCCCUCCCACUGGGUCUUCAGCAAUGAAAUCCCCGUGGUUUCUUCAUUGCAGAUGGAGAAGCGAGCGAGUGGACAUCGAUAUUUGUAAAGGCUUUAUGGGACUACCCUGCAGAGGAACCCCCCACCAGCCCUUUUUUUUUUCUUGCUCUCUCUCUCCCUCCCUCUCUUACUCGUGAGCGCGCAGAAGCAGCUGUCAUUGGGUCGAAGCGGGUGCCCGCGCUCUGGCUGGCUGCACAUUAGCGAGAGACUAUCUAGUUUGAAGAUUAUGCUGCUGCAGCUCCUGGCCAUCUUUGUAUCAGACAGGAUGAGACUUUGAAAUAAAAGAUAAACUACGAUUGCUGGGAGGCCUGCUUUUAUUAUCCAGAGAGGCAGGUUGACGGGCGCAAAAAACCGCAACAAGGCGCAAGAAAAAAAAAUCACGUCUGCCGCUGUGUGUGCUGAAAACACCUCAUACGAGUUGUGGAUUAUUCCGAGGACAUCGUACUGAAACCAUGAGCUGGGGGUCAGAGCUAUGGGUGAGUGUCGGUGCUCUUGUAUGUCGCGUUUUUAUUGAGCUCGUGCGGACCUAACGGUUCCGAGGUAAACGGGCGCAUGACACGGCGCAUUAUUUGCACCCAUGUUUGCCGCUUAAACGACGUUUAGUAUGCGCCUGCUUGGCUUUGCGGGGUGUUCAGCCUCCCUGACGUUAAACCAGCUAAUUUGUAGCGCUAAUCACCGAGGCUUACGGACUUGGACGACGAUGACUUGUGCUACUUUUCGUUAUAAUUAUCAGCGUGACAUCAUGGGGCUAGUUGGCUAUAGCUAACCUUCCAUUUUAGUCCGUUUUUAAGCAUUUCUAACCACGCUUUGCACACACCCCCUCACAAUAACACAGCUCUUCGCAUGGAGCCAAGUUCCUGAGGCUUUACGUGCAUGUAGUUUUACUUGUGUGUUGGAUAUUAAUGCGGAUUUCAGUAGAGGAAGUAGAUGAGGUUCACUUCUCUUAUUUAUCACCUGCAAACAAAGGGGUCAGCACUGUUUCUCUGUUGUAAACUGUGAUGUUAAGCAGUGCUGAGAGGAUCAGGUCUUUUGCUUUGAUUACAAGUUGUCAUGUCUUUAUGAAAAAUUGUGUUGAUUUCAAGGAGUGCAGUAUUAUUGGAUUUAUAUGGAAGCCCAAAGUGGAAAAAAUAGUCAGUUAACUACAUUUAAUAUAGUGCUAAAAUAUGAGAUAUUAUUUACAAAAACUCAAAUGAUAUGAGUAUGUAUCAUGUACUUGAUGACAAUUUAUAAAAAACUAUUGAGUAUGUUAAGAAAAUGCAAUAAUUUUGAGAUAAAUUAUGGUCGCAACACAUGACAUUUUUUAAGGCCAAGGGCAAUUCAGCCUUAUGAAAAAACACUAAAAUUGCCUAACGUUAAUUUUUGUAUACAACAUCCUUAGUGUUUGAACUGUUGCAGAAGAAGUUCUUAUUUUUGGUAUUUUAAAAUUGGCAUGUUGAAAAACUUUAUAUGGAAGCCCUCAGUGGACAUGCAUGCGUAUAUUACUCUGCUUUCUUGUGAUAACAAGUUUGUUUGUUGUCUUAUGAUUGUUUUAGCACCCCCAAGAGUUGUGGUCAACUUUUUGUACUAUAUAUUUACAAACAAUAUUAGUGUGGUAUAUCUGGAUUAUCACAAUAACAAGCCUGUUGUUUUGCUUUUACAAGACAAGCUUUGUUAUCUCAAGAUAAUGGGAUAAAUUAACUUGUUAAAAUGGGAAGCAAGGCUUGUUGUGUGAGCAAUUUAGGAAGAUAAGUCAAGAUUUUAAGAUAACCACUGAAAUUGACUUGUCAUCCCAGGACAACCAGGAUUGUCCUCAUGAGACGACACAAAAACAACCAGAAAUUAGUUUUAUAAUAAAAACAAACAAAACAAAAUGCACUUUUAGGCUUCUGUGAAGGUAAAUAAUGACACGUUACAUGUUAGCAUUAUCAUGUUGCAGCUGGGAAAGGCAGAACUAACAUCAGCUGAUAAAUGGGUAGUUAGCAGAACUGUGAUAAACCAUGAUUUACUGGUUAAUGAUGAACAAUAUCAAAUACAUGUGGUAUGAUGAGCAGAUUUAUUCACUAAACUAUCCAUUAGAGCUGAACACAACAACUACCUGAAUAUUUGAUUGAAUUUUAUUGAUUUUGCUGUAAUAACUACGUGCAUGAAUGAGCCGAAACAUCUUCACAGAUUUGACUACAAGAUUCAUUUAAUUCAACGAAAUAACCGGUACCAUAAGGAAAUCCAGCCUGACCUCCUUUAUGAUUCGUUUCUGAUUUUGUUUCUCAGCCUAUUUGAAGUCCUCUCUCUCAUUGUUAGAAACAAAAGAAGUUGAAGCAGAAACUGAGCGACAUUACUGCUAUAAAUUCCACUGUGAUGAUGUCGCUGUUUUAUCCUGCUCAAAUUCACUUUUGGGGAUUGCUGAACUCCUCACAACCCUGCAGUAGCUCUUAUCAAGUCAGCCACUGUAUCAGUGGUAUUUCCCCAUACUCAGACACACCAGUCUUCCCGUUAAGGCCAACGUGUUGCUGAAGCAUUCAAAUAUUCAAGAUUACAGAACUGCCUCGAGCUAUUUUUACGACGUGAUAAUGAGCAGCUGCGGUGAGGUGGAAUUCCUGUCGUCGGAGGUUUUUGUUUCAGUGCCUCGUGCUGUUAUUUUGUUGUGGAAAUGAUGCAUCGGGAAAGCUGUCAUUCUGCUGUCUGUGGGCUGGCAAACUGCCUGGACGAAAUGCUGCCCUGUUGUUACAGCAUUCAGUAUACAUUAGGUAGAGAUGGUGGUAUGUUUUCAGCACAGGUCCAGAGAGAUAUCAUCAUAUAUCUGCGAGUUGUUACAAGACAUUGGUAUUUGUAUGUCUGACUGUCGGACCUGUUUUGUUUACUUGAGCCUGAUUUGCUCCCCUUGAAGUCAAAUUGACCGACUUUCUUUGUUUAAUUUGAAUUAUUUUCACACAAAUCUGCACAUCACCUGCUUCCAAAUACUUGCAGUGAAGUGAGGCGCUUCCUCCCCUGAUAAAACGGCUCUCUGAAGUUAAUUUUAUGAGUGAGAUAUUUUCCUCCCUGUCCAGCAGCAGAAGGGUCUGGGGAUAGUUAAAUCAGGGAUGUGUUUUUCUUUCGAAGAAAAAGAGAGGGGUGGGUAGGUUGGGGGGGCAUUCUCCAGUAAUUUACCUGGACCGAAGUUCACAAAGUUCACAGAGCAAACCACUAGUACUCCACAUUCUUUGUUUUUUCCCAGUGAUGCAAGUGUGUUUUUAUUCUACUCCUGUACUCCUGCAAUGCCUGACUGAGAACAAAAAAACCCCAAAAACUUCAGUCCAGGUACUCAAGCAAAGCAUGCAUGGCCUCAAGGUAUUUCAUAAGUCUGGAAAACAUUUGAAAGUUUUUUAAACAGGCUGAGCUUUUGUAGAGAAUAAUGUAUCACAACCAGAUGCCUGUUUUUUUUCUUUCUUUCUUUGCUGAGUUGAAAGAAAUCCAGGCACUUGUUACUUUAAUCUCGGUUGUGCGUUAAAGCAGCAAACAAAGAACAGUGAUAUGCAGGUUGCUGUUUCUACUGGAGAGUGUACACGGCUUGUUUAGCUGUUGCUGUGGCAGCAGCCGCACUCUUAUGUAGAGCAAAAGCAGGAUGUUGUGGGUAGAGCUGCAAGUAUCCUUUAGCUUUUUUUCAGGGCUGUAAAUAAGGAUUAUGAAUUCAGUAAAAUGGUGUCAAAAAUGUUUAUAGAUAAUCUCCAGAGUCAAAUUAAAGUCCCCAAGUGUCAAAUUUGUCCAACCUACAAUCCAAAAACACUGAUAUGAUCACAUUACAUUGAUAUACAAUAGAGAUAAACCGCAUUUCCUCACAUUCCAACUUUUACUUGAGGUGGAUGAGCAACAUGACAGAUGAAAAAUGAAGCUUCACAUGCACCACAUUUUGUCAUGCUCAUCCUGCCGUUUCUCUGCAAACAGGAAAGUAAGUGAUGUUUCAGGAAGUGAAGUCAGAGUCCACAAAGAUUUCUCAACCUUUCUGCUCUGGUGAGGUAUUGCAAACAGAGCUUACAGUGAUAUGUUACCUCUGUAUUGAUUCACAGCAGUAGCAGCUCUGGACAGAAACCUGACUCUCGCAGAUACACAAGAGAAUCCAAACUGUGCUUGUUGUUAUUGAUAGUUUACUUGAUUUGAAAAAGUAAAUAUGUAGCAGGUUGAGGCUGGCAUGGAAACUGCUCGGACAUGCUGAAUACUUUUGUUGCACUGAUUGCAGCCUUCACUGUACCCUUAAAAACUGUGGGGAUGUUUGCUGCCUUGUAAACCUUCACUCUUGUAACAUUAGCAACCAUAGUUUGUUUAGACCAGGAGACUCUAGUGCUGCAGAGCUGUGUUAAGCACCAUCAAACCCAGCUUCAGCUGACCUACAAACACUCAGAGCAGCUAACCACACUGUAUGUUCUUGCACUCAAAUGUACAAAAGAUAGCAAAGUUAAGGUCACAUUCUUAGAAAAUGCAAGUCCUCCUCUUUUUUGCACAAACAUCACAUGCAUGCACGGCAAGAAAGGACCCAAGAGGCCCUCCAAAAGAGUCAUUAUGUACAAAUGCAACCACAGAAGAAGGAAGUCAAAUGUGGUGUAACAUGUGACUGUCCUUCAGCGGAACUAGGGCCAGAAAAAAUGAAAUUAGAAAUGACUAUUUUAUAAUGAACUACAGAGGCAUUCUACUGUCAGCAGCCAGUUUUAAUGAAAUUAGCUCUGCUUGUAGGAAGUUAUUAGACUGAUAAACCAAAACAUCUUAUGAGCAUUUCUCCUCGGGGCUUGGGUUCGAUUUUUAGGACUUUUGAUGUUUAAAACAGGAGAUGUGCCGCCAAGUGGGAUUAACAUUAUCAGACCAAAUCAGACAGAAACCUUUCCUCAUAAGAGGACCAUACAUCAAACAGAAACAACUCGACCUUCUCACAGUGACACACCUUAAAUGUUUCACUUCUCCUGAGUGGCUGAUUUGGAAACUCACUGUGGAGUACUUCAGGCAAAGCUGCACUCAGGGGUCCUUUAAAUCUUAACAGAAUACUGGAUGUAAAGUAUCUUCCCCUGUCACAUCAUUUAUUAACGACUCAACAUGGACAAGCCUGAAACUCUAUUCAAAGAGCAGCAGCUCAAGGUGAGUCGAAGUGCUCCGGGGGGCUAUCGUUGCUGUGUGGUCCCCAAUUGAACCGUUCUCUGUUUGUUCAGUGUCAGUGGAGGUGUGAAUAUACGGAGCAGUCUUCCCAUUGGGGACAGCUGGAGUAACGAGGGCUGUGGAGUGUGUGGGGUAUUUGUCUUUACAGACACUAGGGGCAGGGGAAAAAAUCAUUACAGGAUAAUAUGGCAGUAAUAUUGUUUGAGUAUAGAGGAACUGGGAAUCUGUUAUAAGGUGUACUUGUGGGAAAAUUCCAAGUUUAGUAUCAGCUUUGUUUUCCUGGUAUGACGAAUUUUUUGAAAAAGGAUCUUCUGUUCCUUCUUCUUCAUGUAACAUUCUUUAAUAACAAAGUUUAGGACAUGUUUCUAUUGCAUUCACCUUGGCUGGACUAUGCAGUCUCAAAUCUCAGUUCCAACAAUGUUAACGUGAUGUUAAAAAAAUUGAUUUAUUGCAGGAGUCUGACUGAAAAUGGACUUUAAAAUGGAUUAUAGACUAUGUUACCAUGUUCAUUGAAUUUCUUGUAGUCUGGCUAUAAUUUAUGGUUGGGUAUUUAUUUUCUUUUGUGUGCAUACACCUCAAUCUAGGGCUGGGCGAUAUGGCCUCAAAUCAAUACCACGAUAUAUUGAGCAGUUCACCUCGAUAACCAUAAAUGGGCGAUACCUACUCCACAAGCUGCUCACCUCCUCCCACAUUAACUUCAUCUACUUUAGCUACAACUUUUGAACCAUCCUCCAUCUCCUCACCUGUCUUUCCCUCUUUGUUACGGACUGGAUGGGGUGGAGUCAUGUCUCCAACAUAGAACAGCGUCUUAAAAGGACAUAAGACCAUAGCCUACCUACACACAUCCAAAAACAACUUUUAUUCAAUCUAUUUAUUUGACACUGAAUCAACAUGGGCAAAAUGACGUCGGUUAUUGUCGUAAAUUUCGGUAUCUGUAAAUUUUGGGUUUAUUUCUUAGCCCUACGCUUGUCUGACAUUGUAGUCUUGUAGUCUGGCUUGAUAUUAUGGUUGGGUAUUUAUUUUAUUUUGUGUGCAUAAGCCUCAAACAGACCCAAACUUGCCCAGGGGUUCUGCACAUGCUCCACAGUUGGUUUGCCAGACUUUGACCAGGAAGUGAAACAGCAUGAAUUUUUGAAAGAGGCCUGGUAGUUGGCAAAAUCUUGUUAAAAUGCUGCUUCAUAAAUCCUUGUAUGCUGUAUUGUGAUAAUAUAGUAUUUCGCCUCUUUUGAGUCCAACCUGUUGAAGGCAAACAUGUAUAAGUCAGUGACCACCCCUCUUUAAAGUCACUAAAAAGGGCUGUUUUGUCUGUAGACCGAAAAGUUCAACCAGAACCCUGAUGUUUUUGUGUUUGCGGAUUUCAGUCAUCCGUUAAAGCUGGUAAAAUAUCAAGCCUGAUUUCCUGGAAGUUGUUUUGAAACAGACUUGGUGUAACGCUGAGAUUUCCUCACUGUUCUCUGCUGUCUUGCUUCAGUCUCCCCCAGGGUCCACUUUCCGCCCCCCUGCUGUUCACUUGACAUUCAAGGCACCUCCAGGAUUGAAACCCGAGCCAGCUUGUUUCCUUCUGUCAGUGCGCUGGCUGGACUCAGGGGGGGCCAGAGAAAGAAACCUCGGGCAGACUACCACUGACACCCCAGCAAACUCACCCCCAUUAAAUCUUCCUCUCAACGCCACCCACCUGCUGACUCAGUGAUCCCGCCCAGAGCCCUUUUACUCCUCAAUUCUUUCUUUGAACCUCCUUGAUGGUUAAAUAGUAAUGAAUGGAUCUGAUCUGUAGGCUUCAGACUGCACCCCAGGGAGUGGGUAUCAAAAAGAAAAGAGGACGAAGGAGGUGGGUGAGGGGGUAUUCAAACCAAGACAGUUCAAAGUGACACAUGUAAGACGCAGAGAUGAAUCUGAAUGAGGCUCUCUUUGCAGUUAACCGCAACUUCUCUGACUGGCAGAAGUACUUGGUAAUGAGCUGGGUUAGGCCGAGGUUUGGGGAUGUUUUCACAGAUUACAGUUGGGAAAGUACACAGUUUUCAUCUUUUGAGUAACGCCUAUCUUAAAUAUUACGAUACACAUUUGUGAACAUGUGCUGAAACUACACGAUCAGUAAAUCUUUUAAUUCUGCGUUUGAGGGAAAUGCCAAGUAUUUCAGCAAUUCUCAAAUGUGAGAAUUUUAGCAGAAAUGUCCUCGAAAAGCUGGUUUUUGAAAGACAUGUAUUGUCCUUCUUCUUCUCCCAGAACAAAAGCGGCAGAAGUCUGAGCGAUUUUGUCAUCUUGUUCCUGAAAAGGUGACUCAAUCCUUCCCACCGCAGACUCUUGCAGUCUCUAAUCUUUAGUUACGGCUCUUCUGUUAUUUGUAAAGUCGUUGUAGAGCCUCUAAUCAGUGCUGUGACAGUGGGAAUUAUUCUGCGGUCACAUGAGCUUGUUGUCACCUGAACCUCACAGUCCUGCAUGUUCUCUUAAUUACGGCCAUAUUGUACGACAUGCUGUAGGUGUCAUUUGUUCUGAGGCAGUGACAGCAUUGAUUUUUCUUUAACAGAGUCAUGCAGUAACACUAGCAAGGAGAUUGCUUGUGCUGUUUUACGACUGUGAAGGACGGUCUCUUUUCUCUGCAACAUCUCCAUUGAGACAACAAUUGCUUUUAAGCUUUAAAGUGGGCCUUAUUGUAGACCUUGUUGAGCCUAUAAACUAUUCACAGUAGAAGUGACAGCAUGUGUAUCCUUUAGGGCUGUAGAGUCCGAGUUGACUGGUCGACUUAUUGGUCGAUAUGAGCAGAAUCCACCAGAAUUCUGAUUGGUCCACACGUUUUUUUUCUGCGUCACUUUACAGCCCGGUUAAUUUCAUCAGGAGGAACAUACCAAGUGCUAAUGGGGGUGUUUUCAGAGCACCCCUGUUUCACAGGUAACAGCCUGUCUCAGAACGCCCUCCUUGUUUUCACCAUUUUGGAUUCGCCCAACCCACUGGAGACAGGCUGGAGACAGGAAGAUUGAAGAGUGUCCAUGUUAGUCUACGUCUGGUGGUUUGCUGAAAGUAAUAAUUGCCUUCUUGUGCUGAUAUCAGUAUAUUUAUAACCCUAACCCCAUCGAGCCUCGUCGUCCCCCGCAAGUUGGACCCUAUUAGUCGAUUUUCGGUGGAAAAUUUCAGGGUUCCAGCUGACCAGGAAUUUUUUUGGUUGAUUACAGCCCUGUUAUCCUUAUCAAACUAGUAAAAAAUGUCUGACUCAUUAUUGAAAUGGGUCUCUGAAUGAAAGGAAAAGGUAUAUACUCUAGAGCUUGGCCAAUAUAGAUCACUAUGUAAUAAGACAGUAGCGAUUCAUAGUCUUGGGUUUUGCUGACUUUAAAAAAUCCAUGACUAGCCUGCCGUCAGUCUGCCCCAGGGCAACUGUGACUACUAAGGUAGUUUCCCACCACCAAAGUGUGACUGUGUGAGCGAAUGAAUGAUGUAUCCAAUGUAAAAGCGCUUUGAGGGUCUCUGAUAAAGCGCUAUAUGAAAUCUGAUGCAUUAUUAUUAUUAUUAUCUCCCACCACACUUAGAGGCUGCCUAUAAGGAGCAAUGAAGUGCUGUUACCUUUUUGUAGGUCCAGCUUUAUUUCCUUCGCUACGUUGAAUGACUGAUUGCUGGAGCUUACGCUUUGUUGAACGUACUUUUCAGGAACUCUUGGUGUCUUAGAAGAUGAUGAUGAUGAUUGGUCUUGGGAUGCACAAUUGAAUUGGUAGUGUUAAAGGAGUGUGGCUGUGUUCCUGUGCUUCACACGCUUUGCAAACAGCUAUUAUGCUGUCUGUUUUCAACACUUCAAAUACUUCCAUGCAUUUUGUUGGCUUGCAGACGCUGUCAUUACAUGCCCAUGAUUGAUGCACACUCUUAUAGGCUGUGUAUAUUGGCGUAAAUGUUCACAUACACCAGUAAAUCAUCUGCUGAUACGAAUACCAUGUUGAAAAUAUUGUGUACCCUGAUAUGAUACAGCAGUACAAUAUGAGACGACACCAUGAUAUCCUUUAUGGCCUUGUAUGGAAAUAUGCAAUAGAUUCCAGUGCUGCAUAAUUUUAGCUGCCUCCACAGUUAGGAUUUGGAAAAAUGACUGAUACUGAUUUUGUUUUGGCUGCUGACAUACUUGAGGAAGAUAAGACAUUUCUACGUGGUUAUUUCACCAGUGGGCUCCACAGCUCCACUACUUCCUGAAUUUAAGGCAGCUCCUUUAAUUCCUGUCUUACAUUACUGGACGAACUAAUUAAUCCAGGUGUGACUGAUCAUUGUGACUAGUCAGACACACCUGGAUUAAUCAGUUUGUCCGAUAGUAUAAGACAGGAAAUAAAGGAGCAUAGAGCCCAUUAUGCACAAUUAAGACAGCACAAAGGUACUCCUCACUAAAACACUGCUGAGCUUUAACGUCUCACUACAGCUGCUGGGAAUAUUGUUAACAAAGGAGUUAGAGCGUGCAUGUCUUUAUAAUCACUUUAUGAUAUUUCACUAUCAAUCAGAGCAAUGUUUCUGCAUGAUAUGUACAGUAGAAGAGCUUUCCAGAUUGACGCUUAUUUAAAAAGUGCCAUUAUCUGUGAUGAGCCUUCGUUAAUAAUAGCAGCUCAACAAUAUGCUUUGAUUUAUUCAUGCAGAUUUGAUUAUGAAUGGGAUUUGAUGCAUAAUAGUUAUUGUUAAGCUCACUCAGGGCUGGGCGAUAAACCAAAAAUUUACAGAAACCGAAAUUUACGACAAUAACCGAUGUCAUUUUGCCCAUAUCGGUAUAUUCAAUGUCAAAAAAAAAUGAAUAAAAGAUUUUUGGAUGUGUGAAAGGUAGGCUAUGGUCUCAUGUCUCUUUAAGACGCUAUCCUACGUCAAAGACGCGACUCCACCCCAUCCAGUCUGUAACAAAGAGGGAAAGACAGGUGAGGAGAGGACAGUUCAAAAGUUGUUGCGGCUGGAGCGGUGGCUGAAAUAGACAAAGUUAAUGUUGUUUGGGGGUGAGCAGUUGUGGAGUUAUCGUCCAUUUAAUCUUAUCGAGGUGAACUGCUCAAUAUAUCAUGAUAUUGAUUUGAGGCCAUAUCAUCCUGCCCUAAUCUCACUGCUUACAGUAUGUAAUUAAGACAUCUAUUGAUUUUGAAAGGAAAUGAUCACAUGGAAGAACUUUUUCGUAUAAUUUUAUUUUUCAAAUUUUGCUCCUGUGUGGUGUGUUUUUCAUGUUUUUUUUUUUACUGCUGUCAUCUUUCGUUGGCCCCAGGGAGCAAAUAGAGACAACACAUGUUAUAACAAGCAAACUGCACAACUGUUUGUAUUUGUUUUAUAAUGUGCCAAAGAUGCGGGUGUGCAUUUUAUAAGGGAUGUCUCUCAGUUCUCCAUCUGGCCCCGGGAUGUUUCUGAGGCCUAGUAGCAGUGGGUUUGCUGUCUUUGUGACAGAAGUGGUCUGUUAUUCUGCUUUCUUAAAUCUCCCCAUAUUAGAGGGAUACCACAUGUGGUCAGUGCACAUGUUCAGACUCAUGUGAACCAGUUUUUGCAGUUAGUUCAUGGCUACUUAAUGUGAAAUGAUUCAAAGCCGUAAUGAAAACUGGCUUGUGCAGCUGUGUAGUCGCCGCACACUGAGCUCCCACUGCUUGGAAAUAAUCUUACUCCUGAAGAUAGGUCCAGCUUUUUAUUGCUGCCCACUCUUUGCCUUUUUUAAAAACUUUUUCUCAUUUGCUGUUUUUUUUCUUUUAUUUUCUGCUUCAUCUCACUGAGUCAUUGGCUUUUUCGUGCGCUUUUGAUGAGAACAGACCAUCUAAGAAAAAGCUUGUCAGAAAUAACCACGGUUAAGUGUUUGAGGUUUUUGAACAAAGGAAAGAAGAAUACUCCCAACAUUUUUUUAAAGUGUCUGUGUGGGCUUGUGAGUCCUUUGGGCAAGAUAGUAUCAGCAUGGAUCUGCAAAAGCCUUUUCGCCGUGGCUGGAAUAUCCUGUUUAAUUCAGGAGUUUCUUAUUAUAGGGCAGAAUGUGGGGCAGGAGGACAUUAAUAAAUGUGCGAGAAGCAAGGAAAUAAUUUGGCUUGAAAUCACAUCAAGUCCUCUCGUGAGAUCUGGCUUCAAUUAAAUGAGUUAACACGUCACUUAAAACACACUGAAUGCACCUGCCAACCGUCCCAUACAAUGGCGUUUGCACACAGAUCUGAAUGUUAAGGUGGUGAGUAAUCUUCGCUGUGUCAGGAAGCCUCUGAAGAAAUGCCACAUUUACUCAUAUCCUGAAAUGAGUCGUUUCAGGGCGGAGCGAAAGUGGUGCCACACAAUUCAUGGACCCUGCCCAAAGACUAAAAGGACCCACCCUGAAACACCCCACGUAGAGAUUGACUGAAAGCUGUUGCUGUGUUUAUCUCCCAUUUUCAGAACCAGCCUACCUAUAAGAAAGUAGAUAUGGGUAUUCAAGCAUUAGCAUCAAAUCUUUGAGUGUUUGCGAGACAGAAUGAAGCUAUAAUCCAAACGUGUGAUCCAACUGAAACAGCAAACUGUGUUGUCAAAGUGAGGGGCAUGAAGUGGUAGGGUUAGCAUGUAGUUGGUAUAGAAGUUAGUAAUUCUUCCAUGUCUAUCAAACAUAAAUCACAAACACACAUUGCUUUCUUUUUAAUAUGGAAAUGCAUUCAUGUUAAUUUUUCUUAUUGCUUGAUCCAUCAUAUAUUAGGGCUGGGCAAUAUGGCCUCAAAUCAAUAUCACAAUAUAUUGAGCAGUUCACCUCGAUAAGAUUAAAUGGACGAUGACUACUCCACAAGCUGCUCACCCCCUCCCCCAUUAACUUUGUCUACUUCAGCCGCCACUCCAGCCGUAAAUUGUCGUAAAUUUUGGUAUCGGUAUAGACAAAGUUAAUAUGGGAGGGGGUGAGCAGUUUGUGGAGUAGUUAUCGUCCAUUUAUUGUUAUUGAGGUGAACUGCUCAAUAAAUCGUGAUAUUGAUUUGAGGCCAUAUCGCCCAGACCUAAUAGAAACUACUCAAACACUAAGUUCAAUAUCUAAUUUUGAAAUCAGUUUUAGUCUACUUGAAAGAAUUGAUUUUAGUCAUACUAAACCCCCCAUCAGUGACUCACAUGUCUGAACGACUCCUGUGCAGACAAAUGACCAUAAUUCCUCGUUUUGUGAGUAAACACUGCAUCGGCAAUAAAAAAGAACCUGCUCCACUCUCUUGUUUGCGGAAAAUAAAAAGCUUUGAGAUCAGCCUGUUAUGUAACCGUGAGCUGCUGUGUGUCCGGAUGUUGCUCUUCUUCCUGAAGAUAGAUUUGAUCUCAUCAACCAGUAGCUGUGGUGAGCACAGGAGUACAUCUGUGCAGCGUGGUGAGAGAGAGAGCCAGUGCAAGGAGAGAAGCCUGGCAUGACACGGACAGAAAAAGAGCAGCACGUCACACAGAUCUAUUUAUGAACUGAAACCCUAAGCGAGCCCGACAGUCUGCUGUGAGUGUAAAACAUUAAACACAAAUGCAUUUGAUCUAGUCUCUCAUUUACUACCAUCAUGUCUGCCAGCAGACUUAAUUAUACGCUGCUGCUGUUUGUUCCUGUGAGAUUUUUUUUCCUCCAUCAUGGUUCAUCUACAGUAUGAUUAUCUUUAAAGACUGACACCUAUUGGCAACACAGCAUAGCAAUCUGCAAGGCAGUAUUUUUAUCCAAUUCAUGAGAACAUACAGUUAUUAUGUUCAAAUCACGGUGGCUCAAGACUUAAAUAAGACAUGUCAUGGCAGCGCAUAGUCUGAGAUCCUUCCAUGUCUGGCUCCUGUACUAAUAAUGGACAGCUGACCAGGACUGACAUUUACAGUAGGUCACUGUUAAACAGAGUUCAUGCCUUCUGUUAAUGUUUACUUCAUGGACAACAAAGGAGGAGUUAAAGCAUCUUAAAGGGACAUGAGACCAUAACCUACCUGCACACAUCCAAAACCAACUUUUAUUUGUUUAUUUAUUUUUUACAGUGAAUAAAUUGACAUGGGCAAAAUGACAUUAGUUAUUGCUGUAAAUUUCAGUAUUGGUAAAUUUUCAGUUUAUCGCCCAGCCCUACUUCUAGAUCAGUAAACUAAGGAUCUUUGGGCUUUACAGGAAUAGAUGUUUUUGUUUUAAGCAAACAUUUGUUACCCCUUGCACUAUUUUUAAGAUAUUUAGAAACCACAUGACUGCUUAAAAAAUCAUGAAAAUAUUCGGCAGAUAGAUCAACUCAAAGUAAUUCUAAGUAAAUCCCUUAUGCUCAACUUUCCUCAUACAUAAAAUGUUAACAAACUCACUGGAAAAAAGUUGACCUAUCUCAGUUGCAGUGAACACAUCUAAGAUUAAUUCUUGAGUUCAAAGUCUUCUUUAAAUCCACAGAGUGCGUGUUAUGUAAAAGUUAAGGAGCUUUUUUAUCCUUGAAAAAAUAUGAACAAAAAAUUCCCAGAAAGAACAAUAACUAAUGUGUGUUGCUGGUCAGAGGGAUUACUCCAUAGCAUGUUGGCGUCCUAUUGGGUGGUUGAAGUAGUUAGAAGGAGGUGCAGUAAUAAGAUUAAAACCGUCAUUCGAUCAAGUGCUGCUCUGGUCACAACAUUCCUGUUGUCCUCUCUCUAUAUACUUAAACUUUUGUCACAUUUGGUGAAAAAGUUCUACAAGAAGUCAUGAACUUGUGCUGCUUUUGGAUUCUGUGUGAAAGCUGCUAACACUCCUCUGCUUGACCAGGACUUGUUCUUGUAUCCAGUCUGACUCCUCCGAACUGGAUUAACUAGGUUCGGGGGUCCUUCUUUGGACUUUUUAGUCACAUGAAAACUGCGGUCAUGUUACGCAGAAGAAGUGAGUUUUUCGUUUUCCUGGACAGCGUUUAUUCUGUGAUAGCAGAUAAAGAAGAGCGGAGGGAGGAGCUGACUCCCUGUGAGGAGUACCUACAGGUGCUCCUGCAGAUGAAGACCACCAGUGCUGUAAGUGAGCAGUGUUUUUUUUUUCAGAUUUAUUAUUUACAACUAGAACAUACAGACGCAAUAUUCCUGCGAGAGCAGAACAUGCUCUGUGCGAAGGCUUUGAGAAAUCAGUCUCAAGGUUAUAUUACCUAAUACCUGUCUAACAUCAUCACAUCAUCAAGUGAUUGGACUACAACUUUGUUAAUGGUCAUAUUAAAGCUCCAGUGAGGAGUUUUUACUGGUUGUGAAACAGUUAUGUCUGAAUAUAAAUAGGUGUAAUGGAUCUUGAGAUCUUUUCGCACAUUCAGGAUUGGCCGAGAGUUUGUGAAGUAGUGCAGUGUGUUUGGUGAGCUGGUUCAAAGUCUGGUUGCGUGCACGUGAUCUGAUCCCUGAGUGCUAAACUUUAAUGUUCAGUGUUUCCCCCCAGGACGGGAAUCUAUUUGUGGUGGUUUGUGAUUUGGGAUGUAGGAGGGCUGUAUGUGUUGCGCAAAUCAGCGAGAGGGGGGUAAUAUAUCAGCUGUGUGAUCGCCGAUGCUGACACGCUAAUUAAUCAGCUGUGCGAUUGCUGAUGAUAACUUGCUAAUACUAAUUCUUGGCCCGCACUCUGCAUUCUGCAUGUAUGUAUACUAAUACAUAUGAGUCUGAGGUAGAGCUAUGUAAGAAAAAAACUCAUUUUUAAGGUGUGGUGGCUUUUAAUUAGCAGUGGCGGCGGGUCACGAUCAAUUGCAUGUAGGGGAAACCCUGGUGUUGCACAUUUUAGCAUGUAAAAUAUGUGAUAAGAAGCUCAUUUAUACCUGAGAGACUGUAGUAUUUGAAUUAGGGGCGAGCAUUAUCUCAUUAUAAGAAACCAUUCCAGAUACUUCGCCUGUGAUAGCAAUAUUAUCAUAAUACAGCAGUACUUUGAUGACUGAUACAUUGCAAAACACUCACCUAGCAUUACGCCACAGUACCUGAUUGAACAAAAAAUACAUAAUAGACCCUAAAACAGCCAAGUACAUGAUAAAUGUAUUUAUUAAUGUACUACAGUGAGUCAAAUGGGCAGGGAAACCUUUAGAGAAACUGUAGUACAAUAUUUAGCCCUGGUAUAUUUAUAAUUGUAUCACACAGGUGAGGCCGAGGGUAUAAUACCAUAUCAAAUCUUGUGUCCCACCUCUAAUCCAAAGUGUACCCAAAAACUGGCCUUCAAUGUGAAUGGGACUGACAAUAUAGAGCACUGGGGUGACACAACCCUUGCCAUUUUUGUGCAUGCACUAUGGAAGCACUGGACAGCAAAGAAAGUCAGCAGCAAGAAAUAAUUAAAAAAUUGACUCAGGGUCUUGUCAUUUGAUUUGCAAUCGUGAUUCUCACAAAUAUUGAUUCAUUCCACCACCCCUGACAUUUCCCUGCCCAUUCUUACUGUGUAAAAAGGGGACUCCUGUGCCAUGUAAUAAAACCACUUGAAUAGACCGGUCAAAAGAAGGCUGCAGUUACAGUCUCUUGAUGUCCAUGAAUGAGCGGACCGUCCUUCCAGUCACUAUGACUCACAAUUGACAGGCAGCAAUUUCCUGUUGCUUAACCACCCUUAGCAAGCUUUGUAUCUCCAUCGAGUGAACGGACUACUCAUCCAUGUGGUGCAGAGGUAGAGCGGUUGAGUAGCAACCAGGGUCCAGCACAUGCAGGCCCUCUGGGAAAAAAAAAAAAGAGUGUUUUAUGAGAACAGGAGGAUGGUACACGUGUGCACACGCCAACACACAUUCUUAAAUUUCAGACCAGCAGAGGCGUUGUUUCUAUUAAUAUCUGCAUGGCAUGCAAACAAGAGCUCUUACACACAAGUUUGCACACUGGGCCAAACAGCUGGUCAUAUUUUAAAGAAAGAUGGCGUCUGUAUUAGCGUGUUUUAGCCUGCUCAUUUGUGUGUUGUCCUGCGGGCAUGACACUUUUGUGUCUAUUUUGCAUAGAUUUCGCCAAACAUCAUGCAGUUGAUGGCUGAUGCUCAACAGUAAUAGUGAAAAAUGUCAAACCAGCUCUUUGUAAAAAAAGCUGAGAUCUUGCAUAACUUAAAUGAUUCAGCCCUUAAUUAGCAUAUUAAUGGAGAAAAACUAGACGUUAAUUUCAUCCUGUUUUAUGGUUCAUAUGCCAGAUUUCCAGAGCCUGUCACGUGUAGAAACAAUUUGUUUGCCUCCACGGGUUAAAUCCUCAUCAGGCCGGGCGCACAGGGGGGCUGAGAAAUCCUUCUCAACCUUUAAUAACCCAAAGACAAAUAGCUGAGAGCGGCUAUUCAGUGGCCGAGCACAUGAUCGUCAGUCUUCUGUUUAUGAGUGUGUUUGAGGCUAUACUGUUCAUUUUCCUGUGACUCCUCGCUGACACAGAGGUUACACCGGGCUAUGGGGGGCAUUGUUCCGCCCCACUUUCUAACACAAAGCUCAGUGUGUGUUGCAGAGAGGGUUUGGCAUCUCCCACCAAAUAUUUGUUCUCCCUGCCGGACGCCCACUGAUGGGAGACACAGUGAAGAGCUGCAUUGACCCGCUCAUGAACGACUGUGGAUCUCACUUGGUCUGCUCUGAGUCAUCUAUGUGGUUAGUCUAGUAGAGAAACUCCAGAGUGUCCAGCCAUUUUGUUCGAUUUGACGAGGCAGGGCGAGCUCUGAAGGAAGAAUUUGGCUUUUUUUUGGUUAAUAAUAGGUACUGGCGGGACACGCAGCUUAACAAACAAUGUCAAAUGAGUGCAGUCUUCCUACCUGUCUCGCUGCAGUUAGCCAAUAAAGCUGCAGAAAAAAAUGCUUUAUUUCCCAUUUCUUCUGUUGCAUCAGAUUUGGUUGCUCACCACAAAUCAUCAACAGUUUCCUUGUAGUAGCCACAGAUAGUACGCAUGUUUUGGUUAUGUCACAGAUGAUUUCAACCUAUUCAAACCUGAUAAAGAAUUGUGUCUAGAAUUGAGUGAAAUUGCAGCUCAGUUCGCAGCCCCCAAGGCCCCAGCUCCCACUAAGACAGCAAGUCAACAGCAGAGGGAAUACUGAUGGGUGAUCCACAUUGACCUGAAAGGCGCUCUACAAGUUUGACAAGUUAUCUAACUUUUAGCUGCGAGCUUGGUCCCCGUCUGUCACUGUAGUCCCACUAAUAUACCAUCAGAUCCCUCUAGUCAGCCUGGAUCAGUCUGUCAUUUGGGGAGAGGUAUGAGCUAACAAGCAGGGGCGUGUCCAGACUUUAUAAAUGGGGUGGCACAACCUCAGGACUGAACUGGGGUGGCCUGAGUACAUAUGACUCCACACACCAAAACAUAACAUUUGUUAUUGCAUCUGUGUUGUAACUAUGGCCAUAAAGUUUAUUUUAAAAGAAGUAGUCUUGUCUCUAAUAAGUCCAAACAAGUUGAGAAGUGUUCAGAAGUAUCCUAGGUUACAAAAAACUAGAACGAAUACUGAAACUAGUAAAAGCUAAACCAAAACUAAACUGAAAAUAAGAACAAAAAGUCAAAACGAAAUAAAAAGAAAAACUAAUGAAAAUUUUCAAAACUCUAAUUAAACCUGGUGCACAUCUGUUUUAAGUAUAACGUAGCUUCUCUUAAGUGAGUGUCAGCUCAGCUUGCAGCCCCUCCUGACAUCCUGUCCCGUGUCAACAAGCGAGUAGCAAAAGCACAAAUUUCUGAAGUGCAGCUUUUUUUUUUUCAGUUUUAAUAACAAGUCCUGUCUCUAAUACCAGUGAUGGGAUAUGACUAAUAAUGAGAGAUGACUCACUGACGUGUAGUGAUAGCUCGCUCUCUGUUUUGCACUGUAAAACCACCUUUUCUGCUUGACAAAUGGACUUAAUUGACACGUGGGUGCAGUGUAGCUUCAGUCUGAAAGUUUUGAGGCUGGUACAUGCUCAUCAUGAGUUUCAGUCACCUUCAGUAUUUUCAGUAACAGUCACACUGUUCCUAAUCUGCUGUCCUAGCUCGGCGCAUUAAACCGUGGAAAAAGGACAAAGGCAUCUCAAGACCCCUUGUCCUAUUGUGUCCCCUCUGGCAGAACAUCUGUCCUCUCUGCCCCUCUUCUGGACCCCCUCCUCUACUCCAGCGUGACAUCUGCUUUUCUUUGCCUCAACAGGUUUUUAGUCAGGGGCUACUAGACUCAAGGAGACAGCAGUAACACAGUUAGAGGCAUAGUUUGACUGCUGGUCGGUACAGAUGCUUCAAUGUUAACUUCUCUUUGAGUUUCAGAGUUGAAGGAAAAACGUCAAGCUUUAUCCAUUAUCUGUUUUUGGAUCAAUUCAUGCGUCAGAGCUGUUCUUCUAUGGAACUGAUGCAGACACUAAUCUGGCACACUAGAUCUUAAAUCUGUGCUUAAACACACCAUGAAUGAGAGAUCUACUUCUCUUAAGAAGUUUUCCUCCUUUAGUUGAAACACAUACAUAACUUUUGCUCCUUCAGGGCAUCGUUGACUGGAAAUUCUCGCACUACAAAGCGCGUGUCAAAUGUACGAGUCUUAUGUUGAUGGCUGAGUCAAAUCUGCAUUGACGUCUUUUUUCUCCAGUUUGACUUUCUCGUCUUAAAAUGUAUCAGUCAGCUAUUUCCUGUUGGAAGUUCUCCUUUUUUUCUACUCUUGUAUUUUUAAUAGCCUAUUGAUUUUUUUCUGUGAUCAUAAGGGCAGCGGAGUGACCUCUGCAGAGGUGCUAAGGCUGUAACACCACAAGAAACAUCCCAGGGAGCUUGUGUUCAGGGUUUUCAGAAACAGUGCAGUGCUUGUUUUUUUUUAGUGUUCCUCCUCACUCUCUUUGUGUCUGGCUACCUCGGAUCACAGGCUCUGUUUUCAGAGUUUCUGAGCCAUGAUUUCAUUAUUAUGUAACCGUGCUGACAGUGUGAAGAUUCUGACUUAGUGCUGUCUGCAUUCCUGCAGGUUGACAGGUGCAUUAUUAUAGGACAACCUGUCUGUACUUUGGAAACUCGUGGAUAGCUCUUCCAUUUAUUCCAGACUUUGUGUCUUUUGCACCAUCUGGGGAUUGGAAAAAAACAAAAAAAAAACAAAACACCAACAGCAGAGCGAUGAGAGCCUCUUUAAUAACCGGAGAUGGCUUCUGUUAUGGUGUUGACUGUGUCAUGCUCUUGUGGCUAUGGUGGGCUUGCUCUUUGCUGCCCUCUCUGGCCGAAUGGAGAAGAACAGGAAGUCAUCUAAAAGCUCACUCUUUUCUAUUUUGGUACUCAGGUGCUGCUUUUACUGUCAAGUAUUACAAGUUCUUCUAGAGUAGACUACAGACUGUUGAGUCAAGCACGAGUUAUGAAUAUUUUAGUCACUUAAAAGAAACAUGUUAGUAAAUCUUGUGUUAAAAUUCAAAAUAAAAGAUUUAAAUACCUCAGCACACAGGAUCUGAAAGGAAGCCGUCAUUUCACUGCACUCCUAUUGUUAGCAACUGAAAAGAUGACAGAUAAUGAGCAUCUAGGGAACUUAUAUUAAAAAAAAAGUUGUAUUACACACUAUGACGUGCAAAUACCGUUUGAAAGUUUUACAUGGUAGUAAUUAACCACUUCUUAGCGAACAUCACUCGUAGUGUUAUAUGAUGUAAAAAUGGAGGCAUUAUUAAGAGUUUUGGCGAUUUAAGAAAGCUAACAUUAAGGUUAGUUAGAACCUGCUCAGAUAACAGAAUUUUGUUGCUUUGGGAAAGUCGGAAACUCUGAGAUGCCAUCUUAGACGCAUCCUAAAGUUUUGGAUUUCCAUUUCUGAAAGCUGAAAAUCCCACAUGGCUUCUCCUGUGUUAACAGUAAAAUAGAAGUACUUUUUUAAAGUUUUAUUUUUGUUUAUUUUAUUCCUUUUUUUUAGCAGCGGAGAGCUGAAACAAGAGCCGCUUUACCUGGGCUGCUUCGACAUUAUGAGCAAAUUGUUUUUUCUUGUGUAACUAAUUUAUUCACACUGAUAGUACUGUGCAAAUUCUAUCUAUUUGAUAUUUGCUAACAAUGCUAACAAGAACACAAGCUAAUGACUUAACAAUUUAAUGAUUUUGUUUUCCUACAGUAAUGAGAAACUAUUGGAUUAAAUCGACCUGCAUCUUAAAUUUCCAAUAUCAGCACUCCGAUACAAGCAGUCCAUUCCAAACUCCGCUCCAGCACCUCUAUCCAGCAGUGCCCUGGUCCAGCAAGCUGAGCCCACAAAAUCACAACAACAGUGUGUACUAAGGUACUAACAAAUUAGCAAGGAGUAGAAGUGAUGUCGACUGUGUGGCAGUAUUUUUCAUUAAAGUCCGAAAAAGACGUUGCAGCUGAGUGAAAAACUUGUCAUGCAUGAUUUUGUGCCAAUAUCAGUAUCGGUCAAUAUUGAGGGCUACAAUAUUGGUAUCAUAUUGGAUGUCAAAAAGUUGUAUUGGGACACCCCUAUGAGAAACUGCAUUGCAGGGAUGCAGGUCAGUGCUGUGCGUAGUGUGUGGAAACGGUCAAGAGUUCUGAUCUGGAAUAGGAGCUAAAUAAUGUGCAUUAGUUGAGAUUAACCGACAGUCUAAUACAUUAAACUGCACCAUAAUCUCCAUCACCAGUUGGGAAGGGUUAAGGUCAGGAGGCUGAUCCUUGAACAAGCACGUAUUUGUUUUCCUUCCGCACAAGAACAGCCCACAUGUAUAUUUAGUAACUGCUUAUUCUUCUUUGUUCUCAGUUUGAACCUGCUCCCCAUUUCCCAGAUAAUAAAAAUAUGAAGCCGCGCUGCUGCUCAGUUUAUUUUCUUUCAUGUACUACCACAAGAGCGCAUGCAGCAGAGUGAGUGGGAGCGUGUCCCGAAAUAACAAGCAGAAACAGGGCUGGUUCGUUUCCUUGAAGGGUUCCCCCAGUGCUCUCCCUCCUGCAAGAGCAAGGUCAGGUGUCAGAGGCCGCUCAUGACAGAAUGGAGGCGAGUCUGCAGUUGGAGCAGGAGUUAUUAGUCUUUCAGCACGGGGCCCUUACAUGGGAGGAGGUUUCAGAAAAAUUCCUUUGCAGGUUAGAAAAUGAGUGCUGUAGCUGUGACAGCGAAUCUGAUGCAGCUUCAUUUGCAUGCGGAGCGCACAGGCUAACUUAUGUAACUGGAGGGUGAAUCAUGUUUAAGUUUUUGAUGUUUAUUUUUUGCACCACGGUAAAAUGUAUGAGAAGCGAAAGGUCAUUUAGAGGUGUCCUGCUGAGUUCUAGUUUCCGAUUAGCGAUUACGGUCCAGAUCAUCGCAACAAACAGAAAAAAGUCGCAUUUUUUUCAGAAUUGUGUCGGCAGUGAUUCGCUUGUUCAGUCAGGUGUUUUAAAAAAUGAUUAACUAAUUCCCCACAGAUGAAAUCCCAGAUUAGUCUGAAACCUCAGUUUACAAUUACCACAGGUUUGUAACACUAGGUCAAAAUACCUCAGGACUCAGCGACCAAUCAGAGCACAGUUUGAAUUAGCUUCAAGUUAGCCACAUCGGCCACAUCCUUCUCAGCAUGUACAGUAGCUCACCUGUUGUGCAACACUUUUAAAAAAAGGACCUGUGUUAUUUGGACAGCUUACAAACGAGAUUGUCGAAACAGUAAACACAUAAACAUGGAGAAACAGGAAGAGACAGGAGGUGAUACUCUGCUGUGUGCAGAAGGAAAAAGAGGAGCAGGUGUUAGCAUGUGAGGGAAAUUAGAACUGAAAGGGAGCAAGGACUUUUUUUAAGGGGGUCUAUUGGGGGACCUGUGGACCCAAACCUGUGCAAAACUAAAGUACGUUAAAAUUUCCAGGAAGAGCAUGCAUCACACCAGCCUUAGGUUGGGUUGAGGUUUCUGGAAGUUGGCUGUAUUACGUGGUAGAGCAGAUCCUAUUUGUUGUGGUUGAAAGCCUAGCUUCCAUUUCAGCUCUCUGACCAUUUUCUCAACAAAGGGUCCAGGCUGACUGUGAUCCCCUCGGGGGAAAAGUACCUCAUACAGCCUCACUUUGAAAAAAGAACAACAACAACUCUCUGCUGAAAGCUGUUUGUGUCAAAAAUGUUAAAAUAAGUGAAAAAAUCUGCACCAUUACCUUAAACGGGUAUAAAUACGGUAAGAUACUGUAUUUCUGGACAUGUUAUCCCUCAUCCUCACCUCAAAACACUCUGGGGGCAGAAAGAGCUGGAGUCCUGAGGUUUAACUGUGUAGAUAGUAAAAUUUAGUGCACUCCAUUUAGAGACACAGUUGUAACUGGUCUGACCCCAGUGAAGCUGUAUGGAAACCAGUCUGAACAUGAGGGGUACCAGACACAUCUGUCAGAGUGAAUAAAACUCAAACUCGCAGACUCGUAUGACUUUCAGGCUUAAUUUUCUGACUAAAUGCGCAAAAUGCACAAGGACAGGUCUUCCACUGGUUGUAAUAGCCAGAGGUUGAUGUAAGUGCAACAAGGCUACAAGUCUACGUCCUCUUGUCUGACACACUUUCACAUAAUGUGCUCCUGUCUUUGACAUUUGCUUCAUCAUUUAUUAAUCUGCUCCUCCGCAGCUGGAGCUUUUGUUUACGACUUUUCCAUUUCAGUCGAGCCCCAGCCGCUCCUAUCUCAUCUGAUUUCAGCUGAGAUUGAUGAGCUCAGAGUGACUCAUCGUUUUGCAGCUCAUAAGCUUUAUUUAAUGUGUGUUUUAGUGGAUUUAAGACUUACCAAAGUAAAGAGUUUAAGGGGUCCCAGCAGUGAGGAAGAGUCCCCCCUCUGUUUAGUCUAAUCCCCUCCCGUGUAAUCCCGCCUCUACUGUCAGUUCUACUCCUUUUUAAACCUCCCCCCUCUGUUUUUCCUCUCUCUCUCUCUCUCCCUUACUAUCCUCCUCUCUCAUCCCACUUAUCCCACCUUACGCCUGAUGGAGCAUUAAGCCUGAAUGCUGUAGGCAGCCCUGGCCUCAGAUUCAGAGUGAACCAGUUUUCGGUCGGUUCCUCUCCCUGCUCUAUGAGACUUCUUUACCCUCCGCACAAACGGGAGCUUCUUUCCUAUUUCUCUUCCAUUUCUUUGUUUUCAUGUGGGAGCGGGGUCAGCAGACAUUGUUCCCAACUCAGGAAGGCUCCCACGUAAUCUGCACUCGCUCCCUCUUUGGAUACCUGCGAAAUGGUCUCUAGUGGACGCCUCUUUUAGUCUAACCUCGGCGCUUUUUGGAUGGACAUUUUCUGGAUUUGGAUGGUUCAGAAGGGUACACAUUCCUCAAGGAGACACGCCGGAUAAGAUGGUGCCCCUGCAAAAAAGGGUAAUCUGAGUUAUGCGUGUGGAGGAGUGCGGGGGGGUUGGAGAGGGGGGCAGUGUGUGCAAGAUGUGGCUGCACUGUUUGUCUGCCUGCUUUCUUCCAAGAAAGCUUUGUGAUAAUGGAGUAAGUGUGGUUUGAUGACUUGAAUUGGAGAGACUGAGCGUGUUUGUAAGAAUUCGAGUGGAAGGAAAGCAAAAAAAGAGAAACUAGGAGGGACAAACAAAGAGAAGUUUCAGUGAAAUAUCCAUUGUUGUGUUUUAUCUUGUCAUUCUUCACUUGAGUGGCUUGUUGAUGAGUGAUUGCUCAUUGAAACCAGCUAACAAUGCUCACUGCAGAGCCCCUCUCUCUCUGGGUAAUCUCCAUUGUUGUCCCUGAGUGCUUCAAUUAGGACUUUUUAAUGUGCGGCUCCUCUUUCAAAGGCGUCCCGGGGAUUCUAUCAAACUGAAAAUACGCUCGAAAAAGCAACAGUAGAGUUUAUUUUAGUGUGAUAUCAUUUCUUGCUCAGGUCAGGUUUUGAGUAAGCUACUUUUAAAGCUACUAAAAAGUGCAGCAAGACUGUGCGGGGUUACAGAAUAUAUCUUGGCAAGUGCACCGCAGCCAACAACCGCUUCCUGUGAUGUGAAAGGCUUGCAGUUCAGAGGCGCAUCAAGUAGAUUCGGAGCACAUCUCAAGCUCUUUUCUGUCCUGUUCAGGCUGAUAAUUCACAUGGUUUAGGUGUGGUGCAAGAGGAAGCAGGGUUAAGGAAGACAUCCAGACAUGGGAGAGGAGAGGAUGGGGGACUGCUGGAGCUACACCAAGGUUGAGUUUUUUGAAAAUCGUAUGAAGGUGUCGUGAGAAAAUCUACUCUUGAUAGCUUGUUAGCUUUGGUAGCAUGUGUUUGUGCGAGUUUAUCAGUUUUCCAGAUGAGGUGCUUCUCUUUUUCUUUCUUUCUUUUUGAUUUUUCAAGCCGUGACUUCGGCCAAGCAGUGGCUCACUUUUUCCUUCACAAGUCAAAGUCAAAAUGUGAAUAAUGGGCUCAGCUUGAGCAGCUGUAUUUGGUUAUCAGACCUGGAGUCUACUGUUGCUCUCUUUUAAAUUUCAAUAGAGAAUUGGCAUGUCACAUUUGCAGCUUGAUGCUAGUUGAAGUUCAGGCAUAUCACCUUAUAAGGUGUUUCAGUGUUACUUUGAACUAUAUGAACCGCAGCCAUGGGAGAGAGCCAGAUGUGUGAUUUUGUGUGAUUACUAGCUGUGAAUAAACACAUCGACUGACACAUUUAUGCCUGAUUGCUUUGGUUAAAGGGGCACAACCCAGCAGACACAAAGCUGAGCCAGCCUGCACAGUAUGAGAAAGUGAGCCCUGUGCAGAAACAGAGGAGUGCAUGUUAGAUAUAACUUGGGGCUGGGCGAUAAACUGAAAAGUUAGCGAUACCGGAAUUUACAUCAAUAACCGGCAAACUGACCUAUCUGUCGAAUAUUUUCAUGAUUUAUUAAGCAGUUAUAUAUUUUCUAAAUAUCUAAAAGACGGUGUAAGGGGAAACAAAUGUUCACUAAAAACAUAAACAUCUAUUCCUGUAAAGCCCAAAGAUCCUUGGUUUACUGAUCUAGAAGUAGGGCUGGGUGAUAAAUUGAAAAUUUACCGAUACUGAAAUUUAUGACAAUAACCAACGUCAUGUUGCCAAUGUCAAUAUAUUUGGUGUCAAAUAAAUAAAUAAAAGUUGGUUUUGGAUGUGUGUAGGUAGGCUAUGGUCUCAUGUCCCUUUAAGACGCUGUUCUAAGUCAGAGACGUGACUCCACCCCAUCCAGUCCGCAACAAAGAGGAAAAGACAGGUGCAGAGAUGGAGGACUGUUUAAAAGUUGUAGCGGCGGCUGAAGUAGACGAAGUUAAUGUAGGAGGGGGUGAGCAGCUUGUGGAGUAGUUAUCAUUCAUUUAGCGUCAUCGAGGUGAACGGCUCAAUAUAUCGUGAUAUUGAUUUGAGGCCAUAUCGCCCAGCUGUAGCUAUAACUCACACUUCUUGAAAUGGAGUGAUAGUACAGCCACUACACCUAGGCAUCCAUCUCAUAGGUCAGAUGAAUGCAGUCUGAGUGAGAACCAUGAGAUAGUUUCUAAGAAGACAACCAGACAAUGUCAAAGUUGAGCCACAGAGUCUGCAGGUCAAGUGUUUCAAAUCGGUUUUCUUAGAGUAGCUAAAGUUAGCACCACACCUCCUUGCAAGUGCACGUGCAUAGGUGUGGUUUCACAUUGUUACUGUGAAGUUUAACCAGACCUGAGCCUUUGUACAGCUUUGUUUCUAUGUUUGAGAUAAAAAUACUGUCAAACCUUGACGUACAGCUGAUGUCCGUGCUGUAUCCAGUAGAUCAUUCUCGUAAUAUGGCAGUCGUCAUUAACUGGAGCGACUGUACAGCUUUAGCUAAUAGCGGGGACUUGAUCUAAUCAAGACUAAACACAGAUUUAAACACGUUACAGAUUAUUGAUGACAUGGAGCCUCAGUCAAUCUUGUGUCUAUCUUGUGUUUGAAUGACUCAACAAUUCCUCUUUCUUCUCCCCUGCAGGAUCAGUUUGACAACUUGGAGAAGCAUACACAGUGGGGGAUCGAGUAUUUGGAGAAGUACACCAAAUUCGUCAAGGAGAGAUCCGAGAUUGAAACCAACUAUGCAAAACAAAUUAGGUGAGUACUUGAGUGAAGUUAUGAUCCAUAUUAUCAGAUCGGACUAUAUGAGAUCCAGGUGGCUUAGAAGAAGAAGAAGAACCCCCCCCCUUUCCUGCUCCUCCUGCUCCUUCUGUGUCAGGAUUUGACCUACUAAGGUGUCCUUGAAAGGAGAGAUUGGAUCCUUCCAAGCUCAUUAUGGAGCUGACCGUGACCCCUGACCUCCCUCUGGAGGAAAAGUGAAGCUAGGAUUUGCAAGAGCAGUGUUGCGUUAACUAUCAGAACGUUGUUUACAUUCAGGACGGCGUAUAGUCUUGAGGCCAGGUGUGGAGUUAGUAACAGACCUGAAGAGGAUGUCUGCUCUUUUCCUCUCUCACAGACUCUCUGUCUGCCGCUCUCUCGCUCUCUUUCCUGCAAACACGCUGUCUGUUGUUGUUUCGAGCUCUGCUUCAGGCAAGAGGAAGUCAGGUUGUGGGGGGAUGGGGCGGAGCUUGCGUUUCCAUAGUGACUACAAGGUAUCAGCAUUAUCAACCACAGGUCUGACCCAGAUUUUUUUCCUCCAACCACAAGUGUAAGCCCCUCCCCCUUCCACACCAUUCCACUGUAACUGAGUUUUGGUACAGUCAGUGGUUUUUCUAAAAAGGCCGUAAUGGGGGCAUGAGCAGUUCAGCACGCAGAGGAUCCGUCUCUUAAACCGUCCUCACCCCAACACAGUGGGGGAUCGCCCCCAAAAUCCUCUAUCCUCAUCUUUAAAGAGGACUAGCAAUAUGGCUAAUGCUCUAAGUAUUGACCCCCAACCCCCCAUUUAUCCUGACCAGCCAAUACCGAUGCAGUAUUGACGCAGCAGCGGUCUUCUUUUUGAGAUUUAAGUCUGCUUGAGAUAAUAGGACUAGCAAUCUGUGUUUACAUGCAUGCAUUAACUUUGACAUGCAUUCUCCUACACGCAAGAACUUUGCACACAUAGAGACAGACACAUGUGAAACAAACUUACAAAUACUGACAACAGGCUCUCUAUGCAAACUUGAUAAGUAGUUGUGAUAACUGUGCAAGUUUCACACUUUUGUUUUAUGCUAGUUAAUUAGGACUUAUAUAUCUGACUUACUUGAUCACGUCAGUGCACUGAGGGAAAAAUAAUAGGCAAUUCUGUUACUUUGUUAUUAAUCAAAGAAACUGAAGUAUGAGAGUAGUGCUCCCAACUUCUCAAUUGUGAGUCAAUUGUUAGUGAUAAGUUUAUGCUGCUGCACAUUUAGUAUAUUGAGUUUUUAAUACUCUACAGUAGGGCUGGGUGAUAAAUUGAAAAUUUACCGAUACCAAAAUUUACGACAAUAACCAACGUCAUUUUGCCCAUGUCAAUAUAUUCGGUGUCAAAAUAUACAUAAAUUAAAGUUAGUUUUGGAUGUGUGGAGGUAGGCUAUUGCCUUAUGUCCCUUUAAGACGCUGUCCUACAUCGGAGACAUGAUUCCACCCCAUCCAGUCCGUAACAAAGAGGGAAAGACAGGUGAGGAGAUGGAGGACGGUUCAAAAGUGGUAGCAGCUGAAAUAGACAAAGUUAAUGUUGGAGGGGGUGAGCAGCUUGUAGAGUAUUUAUCAUCCAUUUAUCUUUAUCGAGGUGAACGGCUCAAUUCAUUGCGAUAUUGAUUUGAGGCCAUAUUGCCCAGCCCUACCCUACAGGAUAGUUUGGGGGUAUAUCCACAAUUUGCACAAGGGUAUUUCUAAAUUACUUGUUGACAUGAGACGGAGUGGGAACCACCUCUUGCCCACUUUGCCCCUUAUCUUACACAUAACAGAAGAGGAAUGUAACGGCAGUAUGUGAGGGCUGUUUUCUUACACUUAUCAUGUGGCUGCAGUUACAAUGUUAAGAAUCACAUUAGCGAUGAUGUGAAGCUGAUGGUCUCUUUUGCUUUUGUAGCUCAUAAAGACACACCAACAUCUCCAUAAAACUCCUUACAGCAGCUUUAAAUCAGUGAGAUACUGUGCAUUUUAAGAUCACAUGCAUCACAGGUGCUGCUCUCUGCACAGGGUAGAAGUUAGAUUUUAGGAAAACACAAGAUAAUUGUCCUGGUUGUCAAGUGCCAGAGCUUCUGCUGACCAGUGUUGUUCAGUGCAUCCUCACAUUUACUGCAAGUCACUCACAGAAGAGAGUCACUUCCCAGAGAAACUUGCCAGGCUGGGUCAUAUUGAUGUUUUAGCCAUGAGGCCUCCUUGCUUGAUUGUGUUUCUGUUGGUAAGAAGAAAUAGCCUCUGCUGGUAACACUGCAGAUCAAUUUGAAUGACUAAGAUCCUUUCCAUCAUCUAAUGUUGGUCUGAUCCUUGAGGCGUCCCUAAAAGCCUUAAAUGAAGUAAUUUGAUAAGGGACAGAAUCUUAAGCUCUUUGCUUUUGUGUCUACUUAAAUUUGGCUGUUAGUUUGAUCCCUUUUUUAACAAGUAUUGUGACCCUUAAAGCAUAUGCACUCACAGCUUUUGUGUUUGUGUUUUAACAUGCACAUGGAUACCUUAUAACUCAGUGAGAGAGCAUCUGUGUACAGUAUGUUCAACAGAAGAAUCAGGGGUGGGACACAUUUCUAUGGCAGGUUUGCUUUUAUUGAACUCCAGGCUCCACAGAUGGUGCGGAUGUUUUCAGUCACAUACAGAGGACCCGCUGUCAAGCCAACACACACUCAUAUACACACACACAUAUAUGCAUGCACAUUGGCAAACAGCCACAAACAGUCGAGAAUGGGGACAUCAGGAUGCACAGACAGGAUAGCUUGAGUCGGAGGAUUUUCCUGUGCUCCUGACACACUGACUCCUUUAGUGUCCCGGUGUUACUUGACCAUUUAUCUGGACUAAUUAUCCUUUAUAAUCAACUUAGCUCAUGAAAUCAGGGUUAAUCUAACAGCCACACUUUAACCUGAAGAAGAGCAGGUUGUUAGAUCUGAUAAGUAAUUGAAUUGGCUUUUUUGAUCUGCUCCUCUUCACUGUCAGAUCCUCCCUCUAUCCUCUCCUCCCUCAGAAGAAACAGGUGUAUUUACACACUUUUCUAAUGCUGGUGGUAUUCCCUCAGGCUAUCCCAGUUUCACUGCUCUGGUUUUACUAAUACUGGCUCACUGGGGCAGAGUUGAGUGGAGUCGAUUGAAUCGAUAAGUCAGCGGACAGUAGUAUAAUUGGAAACUAUUUUCAGAAUUGAAGUAAUUUUUGAAGCUGAGAGGUUGAUGAGUUGAUGCUUUUAACUUGGCAGUAGUGAGGAUUUUCUGACUCACUGUGAAAAUGAGUCAUUAAAUGAUGCAUUUUAGGUGUUAAAUGGACAAAACUGGGAAUUUGUCUUUAGAAGGCAUGAUUGUAGGAGAGUUUUUGUAGAGCAAAAGUGUCAUUGAGAAUAACUUCAGUAUAUACUGAAGAAAAAAAUGGCUAGUUUCAGCUUGAUGGGUGUGUAACAUACUGUGUAUCGUCUAGGAUAACAUCUUGAAUUCAAGCCAAGUGGGACAGGCUACUGCUCAUGCACAUUAAAGAUACAAAUAGGGCUGGGCGAUAAACCAAAAAUUUACAGAAACCAAAAGUUUACGACAAUAUCUGACGUCAUUUUGCCCGUAUCAGUAUAUUCGAUGUCAAAAAAUUAAAUAAAUAAAAGUUAGUUUUGGAUGUGUGUAGGUAGGCUAUGGUCUCAUGUCCCUUUAAGAUGCUGUCCUACAUCAGAGACCUGAUUCCACCCUGUCCGUAGUCAGUAGUAACAAAGAGGGAAAGACAGGUGAGGAGAUGGAGGUCGAUACAAAAGUUGUGGCGGCUGGAGUGGUGGCUAAGGUAGACAAAGUUAAUAUGGGAGGGGGUGAGCAGCUUGUGGAGUAGUUACCGUCUAUUUAUCGUUAUCGAGGUGAACUGCUCAGUAUAUCGUGAUAUUGAUUUGAGGCCAUAUCGCCCAGCCCUAGUUACAGGUCACGUUUCUGCUUGGAAAAUGUCAGAAUGAACUGGCCCAUUUAGUGGAUAAUUGAUCACCUUCUAUGGCAUAUGAAGGAUGUUAGCUAAUUGAUAUCCAAUUCAGUGGGACACAAUUCAACUCAGUUCAAAGGUUUUAGAAACAUUCACACUAUUUCACAACAACAGUGAAAGAAUAAAGAUAUAAAACUGUCCUAUUGUUCAGUUGAAUGCUUGUAUUAAACUGUUCUAAAAAGCCCCGAUCCCUCUUGGAUUGAACACCAUUUAUCACUAUUACUCUACUUUGUACCACUUUUGUCCCCAUACCAACCACACUCUGCACUAAUCCACCAAUAAUCCUCUUCCCCUCUGUUGGUGUAAACAUGCACAAUGCUUCAGUCUAGUCAUAGCAGGGCGAUGCAUUAAUUCCUCCUCCUCCUCCUCCUCCUACCCCCCAAAUUCCAGUCUGGCAUAAUCCAUAACACAGUGGGAAUAAAGUCCAGCCAACAAAGGAGACUGGGAGAGGGUAAAAAAGGGUCUGUCUUUGCUGUGGUUAAAGUGGACUCUUAGAGUCUAAAUCUCUAAACAGUGAGGCAGAAAAUCAUAACCAGACACAAGGGCGCAGAUUAAAUCCCUCUAAUUAAGAGCAAGCGGCUGCCCCAUUUUUGUGUUUUAUAUAUUGAGGUUAGUGGGCAAACACAUCCUGACAUUUGACAUCUGACUGUGAGUGAGAAACUGGGUGAGUGAGUGGGAACUGGCACUAUUAUUAGAGACGGAGUGAGAAGGACAAGAUAGAUGGAUCUGCCUAGCAACAGUGUAAACACCACAAGGGAUGAGAUGCGUAGGGGUGGGGGGUUGGCAAAGAGCAAUCUGGAUAUCUGGAUGGAGCGCAGACUCACAUUACAUCCGUCUCUCUGUGGAACACAUGCAUACAUUAUUUUAGCAGUUAUAUAUAAUGUGCUUUAUCACAUGCACACUCUGAGGCAUGUAGAUCCAUCUGUGGUAGCUGUACUAUCAAUCUUAUAACAAGGGCUGGAAAAACAGCAGAUGACCUUUAUUUUCUGCACUGGAGAUUUGUGCUUUGGUGAUGUACAGAUAUACAUUUACAGAAUAAGAUAACCUUUUUGUCUUAAUUUAAAUGAAGUGACACAUUCAUGGUAUUAACAAACAUGGAAAGAACACACUGGCCAACACAACAGUAAGAAGCAUUUUUAAUAAGUGCACUAGUGUGUGCUGAAGUCGCAGGUUGUAAAUGUCAUCACCUCCUCCUACUCUAAUUUUCCUGACUUUUACUCGCUGCAUUCAUGCAUCACCAGAGCCUCACUUGCAGAAAUUUUGCAGGAAAAAAGUUUGAGAAAAAUUUGCAUCAAAAGCCCAGCUAUCUGCAUUUAAUCACUUGCGUUUGUGCGUGUGUGAAUCAGCUUAUGACUCACGAUUUUCCACCCUUCUGAACAGACAGCUAUUUUGGGUUUUGUGUCAAACAAGAAAAAAAACAAUACAUUAAAAUGAUCACAAAGUCAAACUACUGUGGGUUAGGGCUGGGCAAUAAACCGAAAAUUUACAGAUACCGAAAUUUACGACAAUAGCCGACAUCAUUUUGGCCGUGUCAAUAUAUUCUGUGUCAAAAGAUGAAUAAAUCAAAGUUGGUUUUAGAUGUGUGUUGGUAGGCUGUGGUCUCAUGUCCCUUUAAGACGCUGUCCUACGUCGAAGAGGUGACUCCACCUCAUCCAGUCUGUAACAAAGAGGAAAAGACAGGUGAGGAGAUGGAGGAUGGUUCAAAAGUUGUGGCGGCUGAAGUAGACAAAGGUAAUGUGGGAGGGGGUGAGCAGCUUGUGGAGUAGUUACCGUUCAUUUAUCGUUAUUGAGGUGAACUGCUCAAUUUAUCGUGAUAUUGAUUUGAGGCCAUAUCGCCCAGCCCUACUGUGGGUUCAUGAAAAUAUAAUCUUCUCAGUUUUGCAGCAAUCUGUCUGUUUCGCACAAACACCUGCUGUUUAUAUUCAGCAUGUAGGUAAACAACAUGCACCCAAAUCUAUCCGUUUAUAAUGUGGGUCAUUUUUUUCUGUUGACAGAGGGCCUUUUCAAACAGAGCAUCAGCACUAGUAGGUAGUAAGUGUCUCACUAUCAUGAUGACACCAACCUGACAUGAUGAACUGUUUGACAUUGACGGUCCUGACUAUUAUGAUACCGGCUGGAUGUACAUAUUCUGAUCUUUACUCAGUAGUGUGUGUCAUUCGUCCUGCACUCCUCUCGUGCCACUGACAUGCAGCCUGCCUGAGUCCUAUCAAGGGCAGAGGCUGCAAAGAAAGCAUGCUUGUUUCUGGUGAGUGCUCCUGCAUGCAUGCUCCUGGAGGCGGUGAUUUAUGACCUGAAGAGAGGAAAGGGGGGGAUGAAGUAGAAGGAGGAGAAAAGCACUCUGCUGGAUUGAAUGGUGCUCUGGAUGAUCCUUUGGCAGUGUCAGAGAAAUAUAAUGGAAACAGGGCACUAUCUCCUGUGCAGUCGAUGCUUCCAGGAAAGACUCUGUGAGCUUCUGUGUUUGACUAAGCAGAUUUCUUUGUUUUCACAGGAAUUUAUCAAAGAAGUAUCAACCCAAGAAGAACUCAAGAGAGGAGGAAGAGAGCAAGUAAGUGUAACACGAUUGUUUGCACAAAAAUAAGUUGGUAUAUUUGAAAACUGGACACUGAAAGGGUCGUGGAGUGAAGGUUUCAUAUUAAAUAUAUGUUAGCAAGCAAGAGGAUGAAGCGAGACCUGAAACAGACAAGGUCACACUCGCAUUAAGGUGAAGUACUGCAGAGCGAUGCGGAUACUCCCACUACAAAGUAGGGAUGGGCGAUAAAUUUUCGUUCACGAUAUACUGUAUCGUCGGAAAAAUCCUCCAUAAUAAAUAUUUGCCAUCUCAUGAUGAAUACGAUAAAUGCAAGUUGAUGGCGUGAGCGACAAACUCGCAGCCACAGCCCACAUAGAGCAGAAUAACAAACAAACAUGGCCGAAGGUAAUAAAGAAGACGUUUCUGAGCAGCUUGUUACUGAACGAGGCUCCACAUGAGGGAUUUCCUUCAAGAUUGGGGUUUAGAUGAGCGCAAUCAGGUAUGCCUCACAUCGGAAUGUGGAUCUGCUGCUGUCUGUGCAAUAAGAGUUUUCAACAAAUGUUGAAAAUGUUUUCACAUUUGAGACUUGUUUGAUGUCACUAGUUUUCUCCAUAACGUACCACUUAAACUUGUGGUUAAGUAUCUUAUUUGACUACUCCAACUCAUGUUCUCAAAACAAAAUGAGUCAAAAAUAUAGACUGGAAUUAUAAUAUUUUUUUAUCAGGACUUUUAUCGUUAUCGCCAGAAUGGCAAAUCUUAUUGUGAUAAAUUUUUAGCCCAUAUCGCCAACCCCUACUACAGAGGAGAUACAGCGUAGGGUCAACACAGAAGUAUGGACCGGGCUUUAGUGAGGUCUCUGAAGAGGCGAGCUCAAAGAUGUUGCCAUUUUGGGAAUACUGACUCCAACUGACUCUUGGCUGAUCCUGAACCCAGCCUUGAGUUGGAGUUGGGGGCUACAACUUGGAAAACAGUGACUACAUGCCUGACAGUCAAACCGAUCCUUUGAUUUCUUCCUGUUUGAGUCGCAUGUUUGAGCUACAUUGUCUUUCCUCUGACAUCGUCUCCUGUUUCCUUCCAGGUACACCUUCUGUCGAGCCUUCCUGACGACGCUCAAUGAGUUAAACGACUAUGCAGGUCAACACGAGGUCAUAGCCGAGAACUUGACAUCUCAAAUCGUCAGCGAGCUUUCGCGCUAUCUGCAGGAGCUCAAGUCAGAGAGAAAAUCGGUAAGGACUGUUUUUGAUAUUGAAAGUAUGUUCCUUGAUUUGAGUAGGAUAGAGAUUCUGGAAUGGAGGGCUGAGGAAAUUAAGCAACUGCUUCCCUCUGCGUACUCCGCUCUGCGCCAUCUGAGGUCACCGCUUAGUAAAUAUAGAAACACCCAAAGGCUCCCCAGAAGAGCGAAACGUGACUGACUGAGUCCUUUUUAUGGAACAAAGUCUUCCCCUCUGUAUCAUUACACGCGUAUUUCUCUCGUUUUAAACCAAUUUACAAAGGAUUGGUGCGCCGCGCACUAUUCUCAAACGCUGAAGUCACUUUCUUCUCGCUAUUAAAAAAUGAUUUGGCCGAGCGGUGGACCUGCAGCGCAUGAUUCAUGGAGAGCAGUGUGGUGCAUGUUAAAUUGGAAGAGUUGGUGGAUGAGGAGAGAGAAAACUAGCCAGCUGGAAAGAAAGUACUCUCUGAAAAAUCUGUCAUGAUCUCUCGUGUCACCCAAGUCCAGCUGAGGGAACUGGAGUGGAAAACCCAAACCAGGGGCUGCUCAAAGGCACAGUGACCCUGGAAAUGGACGAGUUUUGCUGCGUUUCUUUUUUACUUUAAUACAGGAAGAUAUAUCAUGAUUGUAGACUCAGUGUUAAAGAAAGAAGGGGAUUUCCAGCGCUUCUCUAGGGGAACCAUCAACCCCCUGCAGGCCUGUUUUCCCUCCGUGGCGCUGAUUUAGCCUGGUUUGGCAUAUUAUCUGUCUCUGCUGUGACCAGAUAGACAGACCCCUGCUUUUCUGUUUCUGCAGGAUGUCACUCUGACACCACUCUUCCUCUUCAUUUCUCUGCACACUUCCUCUUCUUUUCCGCUCUCUCUCUCUUUUUUUAAAUACAGAAGCCUCUCUGGCUCUCUCCAUAGUGUCCUUGUUUUUUCAUACUUGUCAUGUGUUUGCCUCUCUUGAAUAAGCUCACAAUAAUGUGUCUUCAGAGUAAGGGGGGGAUUUCCUUUCAUACCACGACCCUGAUCAUUUCCAGUAUCUUUUGAGAACAGAGAAUCAUUUUAUCAAAUGUAACUGAGCAGAUAGUCUCUGAAUCGGAACAGUGUCCCUCAAGAGUGAAUACAGUCAUUAUGUUUUAAAGUUAUUAUUCAAGAGACACUCGGGCUUUAUGAUGGAAAAUGAUACUCUUUGAGAUGGUGAAAUCAAGCUAAAAAGAAACAGUCGAUCAACGUUGAUUUUUAUUUUAUUUUACAAGCAAUAUUCAGUGUCUUUGAGUCUGUCCUACAAAAGGAAAAUCCUCUAACUGUAGACCUGGGUUUUAGUUUGACAUACUUUGUGGUCUGUAGGGGUUUUUGGAAGAUUGCUUGAGACUGGAGUUCUGAGACAGGCUGUAAUGACCACAGUGUUACCUCUCCAGAAUCUAGAUUGAAGUUAAAGUUUUUUGUCCUAUUCAGUCCUUUGUGCAAAGAGCUACCUACAGACUCUGUUGAUAAAAGUGGAACAGUAAAAUUUGGUCUACAAGAUGCACUUUUAGUACCUUUUUCAUGACAAUAGAAUUGGCACUGGUGCAACCUAGGGCUGGGCGACAUGGCCUCAAAUCAAUAUCACGACAUAUUGAGCAGUUCACCUCAAUAAUGAUAAAUGGACGAUAACUACUCCACAAGCUGCUCACCCCCUUCCACAUUAACUUCGUCUACUUCAGCCGCCGCUCCAGCUGCUCCAACUUUUGAACCGUCCUCCAUCUCCUGACACCGAAUAUACUGAUAUGGGCAAAAUGACAUCUGUUAUUUUCGUAAAUUUUGAUAUCGGUAAAUUUUCAGUUUAUCGCCAAGCCCUAUACCAAAGUGACUUUGGUAUCUUAAAGAGUCAUUUAUGAAUCAACACAUCACUAAAAUACACACAAACAAACAAGUUAAAACAGCACGACAGUGGAUUAGAAAUGGGAUUUUCUGUUGUGAUUAUUCCAGUCAGAGAGCUCAAGAAAAAAGACCCUUUAGUGUUCCCAUUGGACACAUUUUCUUUAAAAGAUCGUCCUUCAGUGAUUACAGCUUUGUAGCUAGUUCUGGUGGAGACAAUCUGUUGUAAGCAUUUUUCUCUAGUCUUUCAUCCAGACAGCAAAAACAUUAAACCAGGGAAUUCCUGUUGACAUAAAUAGAGUGUAAGUGGUUGCACUACAUCACAACUUUGUAGAUAAAAGGGAGCCUAGAAAAACGUCACCCACUUUUCCUCCCUGUCAUGUGCCACUUUGUGCCUUUGUGCUGUAAGUUGAUGAACUUUUUCCUCAUGUGAGGCGAAGCUUUGCUGGCAGACUCAGACAGUGGGAUUAGAAUAGGAGGGUCAGGGCCUUUCCCCCGCUGUAUUUACAGGAAGCUCAUUGGGCAGGUAAAAUCCCCAUCACAAACCCAAGGGAGAAGAAGAAUAAUACCUCAUUAGUUCCUCAUGUGGGGUUGUUACACAACUGUGCCUGACUUCUUUUUUUUUUUUUUUCGCUGUUUCCCUGAGUGAACCUCUCACUAAGCUCAGCUCCGGGUGGCAAAGAGGUGAGGCCAAGAAUGCUGUCUUAAAGGAGUCUUAUUGAAGAUCAGCCUAUAGUUGUUUUUUAAAGAAAAGGGACCUGGUUUAAUGCGUUGGUUGGACUACUUGUUUUUAAGUGGUUUGGACUACUUCAGAUCACACUCAAAGAAGUAGUGUUGUGUCGUUCGCAAAUGAUUCGUUCAAAAAAAAAAGAUCUUUUCAGUGGACGCACUGAACUGAAUCACUUCCUCAAGAGAUUUGUUCGUUUCUCACUUCAGUUGAGCUGUCGGCAGUGCAGCUGCCACAGCACGCAGCAAUGCUGAGCUGGUGAGCUGCAGGGAUGGAGGGACACCUGAAUCAAUUUGUGAACGAAUCACUCAGUGAACUACACUCUCUGGGAUCAUUUUUGUCUGAGGGAUACGCUUUGGCGGCCGUUGUUCCCCGUUGUUUGAACAGAUUUAGUUCCCAAUUAAACAAACUUAAAACGUCAGACUGGCAGUAAUGAAAAUAGAGUGAGACUCACCAGCUGUAGCGAGCUCUUGACAGGAGGGGGAGGAGGGAGAUAAGGGUGUGUUGUGUUCAAGUGUACCUCGGAGAAAACAAAUGUAUUUUUUAAACCUGAACUGUUCAGCUGUGUAUCGGUUCAGUAAGUCGGAGCUGCAGGCUCCUCCCGCCAAGCGCCUAAUGACUCAGAGAUUUGGUGAUAGAAUCUUUUGAAUGAAUCUUUUUAGUGAACUGAUUCUAGUGAUUCAGUACAUCUAAAUGAACUGAUAUGCCCAUUACUACAAAGAGGUUUAUCCAGCUGUUAUUUGGACGCAUAUGUGUAUGUACUUUAAAUAGCAGCGUUGAGGCGUAAACAAGGUUAAUAUGGGAUGAGGUGCUUAGUCUCACUGGACUAUGAUAUUGCUGAGGAAACAUAAGAAGGUGUUUAGUUAGCAUUAUCUAGUCCUGAUCACAGGGCUCAGGUGUCAUCUCUAAUAAAGAGCCUCUUCUAAUAAAGACUUCAGAGACCACCUUUAGGCUGCAGCAAUGAAAAAUGAGGAGGAUGAUGAGUUUCCGAGGAAGUGCCCUCUACGUGUAGAUUCAAGUGUCCUCCUUCGCGCCCACAGAGCAGCAUUUAACUCGGUGUCAGGAAGUACUGUCUGUCUUGUACCACUGCAAACAUUUUGACAUGUUCAACCAACCAGCAGAAAAAUGAAAAAAGGAGAUGUCUUCUUCAGCUGGCAGGUCUGUUGAGAUAAGUGUUGCAUUUACCGGUACACUGUAAUAUGCUAUAAAACCUCUUAAGGUGGGUUUGGCAGAGAGUCGUGCUCACAUUUAUCUCUUAGAGGUUUAGAGGAGAGGUGCAGCCGUGGUGUUACAGUGGAAGAACAAUGUGUCUCUCCACAGAGGCCUCACAUGCCUUCCUGUGUGGAGUGGAAAGACAAAUAGGAAACAUGGAGGAUGAAUCAGGCAGUGGAUACUCUUCAAUCCAGAAUCUAAUUGAAUGGUCGCCUGAUGGUCUUAGUCCUAUAAAAUUUAACAUCUCUUUAGUGUGCGGCUCCUUUAUGACUUGUGGCUAUUUUUAGACUCAUGAUUAUAUGUGUGCUGACAACUGUGUAAGACUGCAGGUGCACAUUCUCAUGAGCCAAGUCAUGUCAAUGAAUGACUAACAGAUCACCUGGAGCUUGUGUGUGAGUUCAUAUAUGGACGGCCUUUAACAGAAAUGAACAGGAGAGGAGAAAUACAGUUUUAAAUAAAGUUUUUGUUGAUCUCAAAAUGCAAACUCGGGGGCUUUAGGUAGGGCUGUUAGUCAAGAUAUCACUACUCUGUUUCUUCAUGCUCUACUUGUUUUUUGAGGUAAAUUCCCCGUUCUUUCCCAGCCAAAAAAAAAGAGAGAAAAAAAAUCCUUCCUAGUGUGUUUCAGAUGCUUUGAACAUUUUUUCUUUUGUGUAUUUGUGGGCUGAGAGCUGAGCUGCUGCUCAGUUAGGCAAUCUAAAUAACAGAACUCCUAAUCGUGUAAAAUGACGCUAUUUCAAAUAUUUGUUGCACGACUUAAAAGCCAUGAAAAGGCUCAGCUUGAAAUUUUUAUCUUGAUAUUCUUUUUUUUGUUUAUCUCAAAACUUCAUACACAGUAGACACAUGGACUCAGGAGGGGCUGUGAGCUGAGAUGCCACUACUCUGUUUCUUUAUGCUCCACUUGUUUUUAUGUUAAGAUGUCCGAAGUCUCUUGUAAGCCUCCCAAAAAUCGACUUGGGAAUCAAAACUAAUGGAAGAACUCACAAAAAUGUAGCGUAAAAAUUUAAUCAAAAUCCCUCUGGUGCUAAUCAGCUAGUUUUUUAGGGCUGACAGGUGAGCUGCUGCUAGGUUAACCUAGCUAGCUGAGUGAAACUCUUCAUCCUGUUGAAUUAUGUCUUUUCAAAUGUAACUGACAAGAGUAACAACAUCUUAAACAAUGUUUUGAUGGCAGCCAAUUAAAGUUUCAUGGAUUUAUUGUGCCAAACUAACUCUCACAGGUAAAGCUUGAGAUUUAUUUAAAUCUAAUCAAAUUUUAUUUAUUUAGCGCCAAAUCACAACAGUCGUUAUCCCGACACGUUUUCCAAAAAAGAGCAGGUCUAGACCACGCUCAUCAUUUUAUGAGUUACCAAGACCUAACCUUAAGAUGUGACAGAUUUGAUCCAUCUCAUCUAACAUGAGUGACAGUGACAAGGAAAAACUUCCUUUCAACAGGCAGAAACCUUGAGCAGGACCAGACUCGUAUCAGACAGCCACCUGCUGCUGCUGAGUUUGGGAAUCUAGUCUGUUGUAGGAGUUUGAUUUGGUCCAUAAAAAACACAAAAGGAUAAAGAAAAGGUGGAAGAGUUGAAUCAGGCAGCUGCAUGUAAUACAGCAGAAAGAAUUCAGAUUUCUUCAGCCCUCAGAUUACAAAUGUUUGUGCGGAGGAAAGCUCAUGAGUCACACAGGAUCUAAGCCACACUGAGCUGGAUCAGAGGGUGUCUGUCUCACAUCGGCUCCGUCUGGUGCAGGAAUGACACUUGAACAGAGAGAGGCAGAUAAGGUCGAGAGCAGACAGGAGCCAUUGUGGUUCAUACUUGAGACUCCAUGUUCAGGCAAAGAAAGAUCUGUCCACAGAGUCCUGGUUGUCAGUUUGUACUCAUACAUUUAUAUGGACAGAGUCAGUCUGUCCAGAAGUUUUAGAGUUGAACUUUCCCAGGAAAUAACUGUGUUAUAGAGGGUCCAAACUCAAGUCCAAAUAUAAUUCCCCACCUGUUUCCUCUCCACUUGUCCUCGCCACUUGCAGAAAGUUGAUCCGAGUGUUGUAGUAGUGAGAGGCAGGGUGUUUUUUUCAAGAGGAAUAUGGACUACAAGGAUCCGAAUGAUAACAACUCACAUAUCUUUACAUGAGUGAGACAUCAUUUGUGUUUGCUUUAUUAUUUCAUCGUGCUGUUAGAAAAAAAAAGAACAUAGCUGACUCAUUUAUGGAGAUAUCUCUGGUGAUAUAAUAGACCUUGUUUGUUUCAAGUGUCUCUUGGAAGGAGUCUGAUUGUCUGAAUGGUAACAGGAUGUGGUCGGCUAAAAUCGUGAACUUCUUAUUUAAGACAGCUGCGCAGAGUACUCUUCUGUGGCAUGCUUAUUGAUCGUAUUUCCCUUUUCCUCUUUUUUAAAAAAUUCAUUUCUCGAUCAUGUUUAGUCUCGUGUUUCCCGUUUAUUCAAAUGCCUUAUUACCUGAAAGUCGCAGCUUCGGAUCAGCAACCUGUUAAAGCACUGCAGAUGUCCCUGACAGCUCUGGCAGCAACAAGCUGUUCCUGACAGAGACACAAAGGAAGAAUUCGGCUUAUUUUUACAACAUAAAAGCUGUCUGUAUCCGUGCACUUGUAGGCUGUUGAUAAGACGGCUGCAGAACAUCUGCAUAAAUGGAUGCAGCUUUAAUACGUGCAUCACAGAUGUGUGUUGAUUCACUCUGCUUUUUUAUCGUGUUUGAAAGUGAAUGAGCUCAUGCUUUAAAGAAGUCAGGUCAUCUGUUGCGGGAGGUGUUUGGAGAAAAGUGUCACUGUAGUUUGUUUAUCUUCAUGGUGAUGGAAGAUUUGUUGAUGCAGCCGGUGUGAGAUGCGGGAUAUUUUUCAGGUGUGUUGUUAUGGAGACAAAUAUUUGGCGGAAAGAGGGCUGCACAGCAACCAUGAUGCUUUAGAAAAGACUUGUCGGUAUUUUCGCCAUAUCUCAUCCUCAAUCAGUGAGACAUAUUUCUAAGAGCUCAUAUCUCAGGUCAGGAUCUCAACAGAACAAACAAAAUGCCUCAUUACACAUUUAGCGUCAAUGACAAGUCCCGUUUUCUGUUAGAGCUCAAAUACUUCCUCUGAAACGCCGGACCACUUCCUGUUUUUUCUCCACUUCCCUUUGGGAAAAGAGAAGUGGGACUCUCAGAGGUGAACCAGAUCCCCGUUCUCACUAACUAGUUUUACGUUUAUGUUAAUCAGGUGAGGUGAAGUGUACAGCUCCUCUUCAUUUCACACCUCUGCUUCGUGUGAUUGAGACCACACACGACACAUGGAGGACUUCUUGUGCAUAAAAAGGACAAACACUUGCUUUCUAUUCCCUGUAACGGCCUGGGUUUGUUAUUGAAUAGCAGCAUCGAUAUUCAGCUCAGCUACUUCCGCAGUCUCUGUUACCAGGGGUUACCUCAUUGAUGGUCAAGUUUCUUCUACGCGCUUCACAUUUUAAUUCGACUUUUUGGAUCCUUCAGCAAGUUAACACGAUGACAGGCAAUGGGGAUAAUGAUUUGAUUGCCAUGUGAGUAAUGACGGGGUAAUUUCAAUCGAUGAAGAUAAAGAACUUGGUCUCUGUGUUUCCAGGGGAUCUGGCCGAGCUCCACAUGGAGAUCAGUGUAGAGAUGUGCUCUGCCUCUGGGCCAAGUGCCCUGUUCCCCUUGCAGGGAUAUAGGCCAAGUCAGGCUGGUGAUAAAAACACACAGAGUACUGUGUGUGCUGCAUUAAUCCAGACCUGCAGCUGUCACCUCAGUCUGGACUAAUAUGUCACACUUGGCACUGCCAAGUCUCUGUCUCCUUGACUCUAAACUUUGUUUUUGUCUCAUGGUAUGCUUACCGUCAUUCCUAACCACAGCCUUUCCCAAAACUGUGAUGAUUUUUUUCAGGGUUAGAUGAGAAAAAAUGAAAAUAACAAAUGAAAAAAGCCAGAGAAAGGAAGAUAAGUCACACAGUUUCAAACCAGACAAACAUCAGGCCUCUAACAGUAACAGUCGGACUGAUAAUGCUAGGUGCUAUCAUGCAUCGUUUCUUUCCUCACUUUGCAUAAUGUAAGAAUUCACCUAUUAAACGGCUCAAAAACUGAACUGAACAAGAAUUUACAUACCUGGAGUUAGGGCUGGGCGUUACACUCUACAGAUACUGGAAUUCACAACAAUAACCAUCGUCAUUUUGCCCAUGUCAGUAUAUUCUGUGUCAAAAAGAUAAAUAGAUAAAAGUUGAUUUUGGAUGUGUGUAGGUAGGCUAUGGUCUCAUGUCCCAUUUAGACGCAGUCCUACAUCAGAGACGUGACUCCACCCCAUCAUGUCUGUAAUGAAGAGGAAAAGACAGGUGAGGAGAUGGAGGAUGGUUCAAAAGUUGUAGCGGCUGGAGCUGCGGCUGAAGUUAAUGAAGUAAAUGUGGGAGGGGGUGAGCAGCUUGUGGAGUAGUUAUUGUCCAUUUAUCGUUAUUGAGGUUAACUUCUCAAUAUAUUUUGAUAUUGAUUUGAGGCCAUAUCGCCCAGCCCUACCUGGAGUCCUUAAAAGAUCUCCUGAGGGCGGCAUGAAGAGCUGCAAAGAAAAAUCAAUAGGAAGACAUCGAAGAGGUCGAGGUAUUUCUGUCUGAAUAAAAGAGAGCGUGGACUCUGCAGGCAAAGCAUAGUACUCCAUGUCUUUUUAAAAAUAUGAGUUUAAGAGUACUUUUCAGUUAAUAUGGGAAAAAUAUAAAUCGCUGAUAAAGAAGGAGAUGAUUGGCUUUUUAGAGCAAAUAACUUGAGCUGCAUCUGUGGACCAAAUAUAUCUUUAAUGGAUGCAUGAGGCCAUAAAACACAGUCUUUAUAUUAUCCAGGUUUUUUUACCAAGUCUGCUCUGCGAAAUGCUGAUAUAUACUGCACCUUUAAACCGGCUGUCAGCUUAGCUCUGUUAGAAUAUAUUGAAUGUAUGUGGAAAUCCUUAUUUUCUCUACAGAAGAGCUGGAAAAGCAACAGCUGGGGUGCACAUGUGGGGAGCCGUGGGGGCUACAGUCUGGUUUAUCUUUAAUCAAAUACACUUAAAGCCAUUUGCUUGAGCGUGUACAGAGCUCGAACGGUUAAGCUCAUGGGUUAUAUGGUCUUCAUUUUUUUGAAUAUAGUCGUAGUAUUUGCCCUACAUUCCCUGUUGACACUAAUACUUUCCUGUCCCACUGUGAGUAAUAAUCAUAAUGUUUAAUGGUUUAGUCGUGAGUCUCAUUCCAGCUGCUUCUAAUUUAUCAUCUCCACUGUGUCAAGGUCGGGUUCACCUGCUUUUAAACCCUCUAAGCUUCUGAACAGUGUGAUAAUAUUUGUGUUUUUUCUCUCUCUUUCUUUCUCACAGCAUUUCCAUGAUGGGCGUAAGGCACAGCAGCACAUUGAGAGCUCGUGGAAACAGCUGGAAUCAGUAAGUGAUCAUAUCAAUGUGCAAUAAAGCAAUUUGUAGACGACUUAUGGGGGAUGACCAGAGAGAGGAAACCAAAAGAGAAGCACCUCAUGUCCCAAUCUACUAUUAUUGGAUUUUCAGUGUAUAAGGAAAAAACUAAACUUUUACUUUCAAGAGAUAGUGGAAAAUUAUGUGAAGGCACAAUCUUUACAUUGUAGGUCAAUCUUUGUGAGUUCUUUUCACUCCUGUAUUAGGGGUCGGGAGAAAAAAUCGAUACAGCAUAGUAUCGCGAUAUUUUGUCUGGUGAUAUGUCGUAUUGUCUCAUUUACCAAGUUUCAAAUUUUCAAUUUAAUUGCUACUAUGAAAUCAAAUCUAUGAUAAUGGAAAAUAAAAUCAACUGUUUGAGGUUUGCAGAGGGGACAUCAUAGAGUAGGAGAAAGUUAGUGCAACAAAUUUAUAAAAGGUUCGCAAGAUGUGCUACAUGAAAGUAAAAUUCUUUGUAAAUAAGACAACUGUAAAGGAAAGACAAAUGCUAAAUUAGUCUAUAUAAUAAUAUAUUGUAUUGCAAUACUCGCUGUAUUGCAAAAUGUUAAAAAUCGCAAUAUUAUCAUAUCAUGGCCCAAGUACUGUGAUAAUCUGUGAAAAUAUCGUAUCCUGGCCCAAGUAUUGUGAUAAUAUUGUGAUAAUAUCGUAUCCUGGCCCAAGUAUCAUGAUAAUAUUGUAUCGUGGCCCAAGUAUCAUGAUAAUAUUGUGAUAAUAUUGUAUCGUGGCCCAAGUAUCGUGAUAAUAUUGUGAUAAUAUCGUAUCGUGGCCCAAGUAUCGUGAUGAUAUUGCAUCGUGGGGCCACCAGUGAUUCUAACCCAUGCCAUCCAUGAAACACUUUUCCAAUCUGCAACUUGAGUGCUUAUCGGAGAAAUGUAUUAAUGUGACAGUGUGAUAAUUUUCUUGUCAGACUUUUGAACUUCACAGACACACAGGCCAUUUGUAGACAAAGACCGUCGUUUUGAAGAGAUACUUAUUUUUGCUCUCAGGAGGUGACCUUCGCCUGAGAAUAGAUACUGGUUUGCAGAAAGUGGCCUGCCACAGUUUCAUUUUGGCAUGAAAGAGCUCACCUUCAUGAACCACAGUUUAUAUAACGUACAGUCGGUGACAUCAGAAAACUGAGAGACUCCACUUGAAGGAUGAAUGUCUACCCUGCAUCUGUAUCUGAUAAUGGAAAAGGACAGAGGUUUGGAGGUUGACCUGUGAGCUCCAUCAUCAACAAAUGUGGAUGUUUGGUUAAAAAUGAAGACAACAGACGAAGAAAAAUGAUCAAAAUAAUUGUUUUAUCGCCCAGCCCUAUAGGAUACCACAGAUUCGACCAAAUUUAACUUAGAAAUCAGUUCUUUUUCUUCUGUGUUGUGAUAAUGCACUAAGUGGGUUAAUGAAUACUGAUUAACAAAUGUACAGAAUAUUAAUGAAACAGUGGAAGGAGUCAUUUUUCGGCCCUGAAAUAAGAAGGAAAAGAACUUAAUUUGAUGAUAUAAUCUGGUCUUAAAGUUUCUAAGCAAAAAGAUAAUAGAAAAAGAAUACAUAAGUAACUUCUGCCUAAACUCGACAGACGGCUGGUGUUAUUUUCAUGCUUUUCUUUAAAAAAAGUAAGAGAGAAAACAUGGAUUAGAGCAGAUAAGGAUUGUUUGAUUUGUUUUAGUGAAGGAGCUGUAGUCGAGAUUACACAGAGCCGCUCCUUAUCUCUGCCUGGCCCCUUUGACGGGGGAGAGGAAGAGUGUGAGAGAGAUGCAGAACUGCCUUGUCCUCCUCAAACUUUGCUGCCCAUUCAAUGAUCCCUUUGUGUGCAAGGCAGAUAGGCAUAGUUCAGAGUGCGCGCUGGCCCAACAAACACUGAUUGUUCAGUUGGAGGGGUCGAAAGAGGGUUGGAUGAAUGCUUGUUUUUCUCCACACAAAUGACCACUAUGAACAUUUGUUUAAUCUGCAGGCUGCAGACUUUGACAAACCCCGUGGCCAUGUCAGCGGCAUAAACUGACCUCUGUCGCACACAAUGCUGAGUUUGAAACCGAUAUGACGUAUAUCUGCGUGUUAUGACGUUCAUUACUUUGCUUAUUUAAAGGUCAAUUUAUGUCACGCUUCCUGCUGUGAUGUCUGAGUUUGAGUUAAAGUUUGUUUUUCUUUGUUUUUCAGAGUAAAAAAAGAUUCGAGAGGGACUGCAAAGAGGCAGACAGAGCGCAGCAAUACUUUGAGAAGAUGGAUGCUGACAUUAACGUGACUAAAGCUGACGUGGAGAAGGUAUGUGUCAUCUCAGUCCGUGCCGCCGCCACCAAUCACGCCACUCAGUCGUAUACCCUCCGAGCUUGACACAGAUGCCUGGCCUCCCUCACACGUCCACCGAGCACCCUCUUUUAUUCGUCCACUGUCUUAUUUGACUUAAUUCGUCCCCUGAAUCCUAACUGCACCAGAGAGAAAGAGAGCAAUGAUUGAGUGACCGUGUGUUCGAUGCCAGGGGGGCCGUGUGUAAACGCCGCCAUUGUCUCUGCUGCACAGUGAUCUGCUGCUAAACAAAGCUGAUAGCAGCAGCGGGUCCUCAUUAUCACUGUUUAGCAGCCACCAAACAUGCUGGUGUGUGUUUGAGCCUCAGCAACAGAGGGUUGUGUGUCUGUGUUGUGGAAAUAUCAGUUGCUUUGUUUUCCAAAGGGAGGAAUCAAAAUGUGUAAUAUUCGUAUUAAAACGUCCUCUCUGAUAAAUAAAACACGCAGUGACGAUUACACUUAAGGACUCGCACACAAGAUCCCCCUCUGGGCCUGAAGAUGAUGUCAUUUCCUGUUGUCAUAACCGAUUAAACUAGCCCUCCAAAUUUCAGCCAGUAACCCACACAGCUCCCACGCCCGCAAGGCAUCAUGGGUCAGCAGCGCGUGCUCCUGCUGUUUCAUCAGCUGCUGGAGCGGAGCUCAGGCUCGGAGUUGACACAGUUCAGACCCGAUUAUUAUGCAAAUUCAGGCCGAGAGAAAGAGUCUUUCUGCAGAGCUAGAGGGCCACAAUGGGCCUGAAGCUAACACCGAACUCAACUGGAAAAAGCUGGAACAGCAAGUCAAGGAACUAGCGAGGAAACAAGAGCGCUGUUGUGUCUGAUCACAGAUAUUUCAUUUAUAGAAGCAGGAAAGACUACAUGAUUCAGAGCUUUUAUGAAGUCAGUCAGCGUCCCUGUAAACUGUUUUUUUAUUAAUCAGAUCCUCUAAAAAUGUCCCAUUCAGCCCUAAAAGAGACACUGUGGGUGUGUCAUUCACAUUUCCACUGACCAGUUUCCAUCUUUGACUGAAACUUCAGCUCUUUCUCUGAGGUUUAAAAAGUUAGAAACAGAUCUGCUAGAGUGCACCAAACUAAACAAGCACAUUCAUCAUUCUUCUGUUGUGCAGAUUUCUUUGUUCUUUUCCCAAUCACGCCUCUGUUGUAUAGAUUUGGAAACUGUUUAUACAAAGCUGAAGUUUAUUUGGAGAGGAGGUUCAUACUUGACCCACUUUACUCUGUCAGUGCUUUCCAAUUCCCUGUAAUAAAAGUGAUUAAGUUGUUUAGACAUUUAGAGCAAAUUUACUCGAAAGUUUUUGUGAUGGUAAAAAAAAAAAAAAAAGCCUUUCUUUGUGCGCACAAUUUUUUGAUCAGGGUGGCCCACCUGUGCGUCUGACUUAUAUGGGGUUUGCGUGAGAUAUGUGCCCUCAUACACACAUGGGUGAAAAUCAUUUAUUUAUUUUUAUUAAUUUAUUUUUGUACGACCUUUAAGGGUUAUUUAUUUUGAACAAUAAGCUGAAAUACAAGUUGGGUCUUUGGCGCUGCUCUCCCGGCCUUGGCUUUUCAUGUAUACGUCUUUUUUUGUGUGUGUUUUUUAUUUUAUUCACCAAUAAGUGCAUCCAAACAAAGACAUGUGAACAGAGAAAUAUGUGCAUUGUAAGUUGUGGUGUUGAUUUACAAAAUUCUAUACAUGUAAUAAGGGUCACCAAGACAAAAUUGGACAAUGAGGAAAAACAAAACAAACAAAAACAAAUCAAGGGGGUAAAGGAGAGAGCAUAACAAAACAAAACCAAAAUAAAAUAAAAUAAAAUAAAUAAAUUUAAAAAAAAGAAUAAUAAUAAUAAAAAGGAAUAAUAAUAAUUUUUAAAAAGAAAAAGAAAAUCAUUUAAAUCACUGCAAAAACUCUAAAUUAGAUUAGACUGUUUCUGCACCGUAUCCCUCUAGAUUGUCAUUUUUCAUCCUCUUGAGAGUCUUGGACCAAACUCCCACUAAUAUUUCAGAUUCCCAGUGUUUACAUGUUUAUAGCAUUAUGACAUCCUCCUUUUGAGAACAGUAUUUUUGCUUCUCCACAUCAGAGGAAAACUGCUGCCUGCGAAUUCGCUGAACACUCACAUUAUUGUGAUGGAUUGUAAACAUUAGCCAAACAAGUCUCUUAAAGAAGAUAGCACCCUGUCCUGUAUACAUGAAGCUGUAGAGGAAUAGAUAAAAGCUAAUGGCUAAAGGGGAGGUAGGGGAUAAAUCUCAGAGCCUUUGUUUGCAGGCAGAGUAUGAGGUGGAGAAUUGGAUGUAAUCAUCAAAAACAAAGGAAAUCAUCUGUACUCGCCUUUAAUUUACCAACAAUCAUUUUAAAUCAACUGAUUCGUCCUCAUUUGUAAUCAAAAUAUGAAGGUGCCGUUUCCAGAGUUUCACUCAAAGUUUAUAGAACGAACUUAGAAGAACUUCUUCUGCUGUUUCCAUGUUUUUUUUUAUGUACCUGGACUCAUUUUCACCUGCUCUCGUUAUCAUUGUUUAUACGGAAGAGAACUGAGCGCUCUCUCGUUUAAGUCUCUGCGGCAGAUAAUUCGAUUUUUACCUAUACUAAAUCCUCUUCUUAGGUGUGUGUUUCUCAAGCAGGUACUCUAAUGGCUUGUGCCGCGUGUAACCAGCUCGACCAACUGUGAUUUCUUAAUGAGGCGUGAGACAAUAUGGGUGUAUAAAAAGAGGGAAGGAAGUGUGUGUUUGUAUGUGUGUGCUAUUUCUACAUUGUCUGUCAAACUUAGAUGCUGGUGGUUUUGACACUUCUUCACUUUCUGUGCUACGUGCUCGUAAACUUUUAAUAUUAACUUUGCUGCAUGAUAGUGAAAGUGAAGCAAAAGUCAAAUGUCUUCAAAUAGAUGUCAGUGAAUUGAGUUCAUGUUACAGCAAAGCCUUAAUGGAGGAAGAGAUGACAUGUCACAACCUUAACCUGGUUAUAAUUGAGUGUUAGGGGUGGAAAAAAAAGACUUGACUGUGCUUGUUUGUAUCCUGCAGCCUAAAGGGAUAUUCCGGCGUAAAAUGAGGUUAGGGUCAAACACAUCGUGACACAGAGUUAGACACCCCUUCGAGACAUGAAUGAUGCGGACUGCUUGCUUCUCUAGUUAUACCAAUGUAAGCAACGACCGCAGGAUAGCAAUACACAGCAGUCUAUGGAACCACACACAGACCUUAAACAAAAAGCCACUCUAUAACCACAAAUAAUACUCAAAACAGCACCUAACUUCAUCAACAGUAUAUAUAGGGCCCCAGCCACAGCACUAACCACCAAACCUCUUUUUAACUUUGCCUGAUUUCUUUAGCAAAGAGACUAAACACAACUCACCUGUUCUCUUCCAGCAGCUGCUUGUUUGUGGGGGAGCCCUGACGAGUCAAUCACCGAGUGUGGCAGAAAAAUUCAGACCAUUACUUCAUGGAAAUGCAAUCAGACCAAGACGCUAAGGCAGAAGAACCACAGCGUUGCCAGUGCACAAGCAAGAUACACAAGAACGCUGAUUGCAUUUCCAUGAAGUAAUGAUCAUAAAUGUUCUUCCUUGAGCUGCAAAACUCUGCUGCACUUGAUGAUCGACUCGUCAGGGCUCCCGCAAUAAAAACAAGUGGUUGCUGGAAGAGAGUAGGUGAGUUGUGUUUGGUCUAGUGGCUAGUGCUACGGCUAGGACCCUGUAUGUACUGUUGAUGAAGUUAGGUGCUGUUCUGAGCAUUAUUUGUGGCUAUAGAGUGGCGUUUUGGUUGAGGUUUACGCGUGGAGACAUAGGACGCUGUGUAAUGCUAUCUUGCGGCCGUUACUAAAGUUGGUAUAACUAGAGAACCAAGCGGUCCGCAACAUUCAUCUAACUCAGUGUUUGACCAUAGCUUAAAUUUACACUGGAAUAUCCCUUUAAUGGAGGAAGAGAUGACACGUCACAACCUUAACCUGGUUGUAAUUAAGCAUUAAGGGUGAAAAAAAGACUUGAUUGUGCUCAUUUGUAUCCUGCAGCUUAAGGCCGUCGUAGAAAUUAAUAUGUCAGUUUGAACAAAGUCGCUUCACUCUUAAUCCACUUGUCAGUAACAGCAAAAAUAAUCCACUAAAGAUGUAUUUCCUGAAGCUCCAGGAGAAGCGUUUGUCUGUAAUGUGAAGCUCCAAAGCUGCUGUUUAUUGAGCUGAGGUACUGUGGUUUUUCCUCUCAUGCUGGAGAAAACCUCUAACUGCUCCCUCUCCUCCUCUGGAAAACAAACCCUGUAAUUUGGGGUUUAGAUUCACAGCCUUGAUACCCACAAAGAGCCUGUCGCAGUUCUUUACGGGACCCCGGCCCUCACACACACACACUGUCCUGGAGAUCUAAAGCCAGCACCCCUCUUUUACUCCGGUGUUCUGACUGUGCUAAUAGAGAGCGGUCGACAAAUCCAGCGUUUUCGUGGUGUUUAUGUUUGUUUUCCCUGAUACCAACUUCCCUCUUUGAGCGAUGACACGCCUGGUGGUCCAGGAAGUGCAUCUAUGGCAACUUGUUGUUUAGCUGGAAACGGCUAACAAUCCUCUUUUUUUUGUUUGUGUGUGUUUGUAUAUUUAUUCAAUGCCAUGCCAUGAAGCGAAGUUCCCACAAGGUAGGUCUAGCGCACAGAGAGAAAAAAAAAGCCUGUGAUAUCUGUGGGAACACACACUGUCCUGACACACACACACAUAUACACACACACAGCCUCGACUGGGUCACAGCUAACACGCCCUGUCCUGUCUGGUUUUGUGAUCUGCUCCACGUACGGUGGCCUGUCUCGCUGUCUUCACCCCCCGAGGUUUUUAUGUGUGAUGUAAGAAGUAUUUUGUGGGAGAAAUGCUGAAUAUGUUGCGUUAGAUGACGGCUUUCAUUCAGAUUUCUCUUUGUUCUUCACUGUCAUCUUUGUCCGUGGUCUUCCUCAAGUCCAUCAGGGAGGAACAGACGCAUGCCUGAGAGACGGAAAGAUUAAGAGCAGUGAUGUGUGUAUCUGUCGAAACUAUCAAAAUCAAACUGAUUAAGAGUUACAGAUUAAUAACUGAAUUAUUUAUCUAUUUAUUUUAGGCAACUAUUUUAUUAUUUUCUGUUUCCCACCUCUCAAAUUUGGAAAGUUUCUUCAGUUUUUGUCAUUUUUAAAGAUAAAUAAAGUUAUUUCAGGUGUUUUAGGUGAGGUAAGUUUGCAGAUAAACAAUCUGAAGUUGCCAUUUGGGUUUAUUAAAAGUCCCACAAUUGACUAAAAAUCAAAAAUGUAAAAUUUCAUAUACUGGUCUUUGGUUUCUGCCCCUGAUGAAGGAUGCACGUCAAACAGGCUAAAACACUCGCUUCAAUAUCUGAGGUCUGACUGGUUAUUUCCAGGAAGUGGCGACAGGAAGUGAUGCACUUACUUGCAGGAUGCUCGCUCAGAGGUUUUGUUGUCUUGCCACGUUACCACAGCAACAGUGCAUCCAUUUAUCAUUACGCAACACUCCAAGCACACUUUGCAUGCAACUUAUUUCAGUUGCAUAGCCACAAAUGUGUAACUGCACUCUGCUCACAGCUCACGGACAAAGUCACGCACUUUAACCAGCUGCACUCUCACAUGUGCUUUUGAGCUUUUCUCUGGAUUUCUCAUUUUUUAAAUGUGUGACGAUCAUUUUCCACCGAGGUAUCGACUGUCUUCCACCCCCCUGUGCUGGAAAUAACACACCUCUGUGUCUGACGAGUGUCUCUGCUCUGAUGUCCGCUUUUUUACUUGCUAGUAUGUCAUCUAUUGCUUCAGCGUGUGUGUGUGUCUGUGGGAGACUGGACUCUGCCUCUGAUUGGUGUGUGGGUGUAAACUGGAUGAAGUCUUUUUAAAUGUUCCCCCCAGGACGAGGACAGAUCAGGGUUAUGUUCCCACCACUGCCCCUGCGUAUGCACUGCAAAAGACAAAUCCCAAAAGAAGGAAAAGAUCAAGAAAAAAAAGAGAAAAAUGCAACUUCAUAUGCACACAAAUAAUAUCUGAAACGCUGAACUUGAUGAAGAUCUAGCUUCAGCAGCCAAAUCUUCUAUAUACACAAUGACAAGAGUUAAAACCAGAUUCUGGAAACAAUUUGUGGCACAGAAAAAUAACAUACAACCAUAUUUUUCAGUGUGUUGGAACAAGAGUUUUUAAUUUGGCAUCUGGCUCUUUUUCUAUUUCAUUUUAUUUUUUUAUGUUUGAAUAAACUUUAUUAACUUACAUGAACAUACAGGACCCAGGAAAAGUUAUAGAGAUCAAAAAGAGAGUGACCCUACUUCCAACAGGCAAACAAAAAACUGAAACUGCAGUAAAGGAAAAAAGAGACAGAAGAACAACAAACAAAUAUAAGGGGGAGAAAAGAUAGAAGCAAACAUGGAAGACAGAAAAAGAGAGAGAAAGAAGAAAGAAGGAAAGAAAAAGGGAAAUCUGGUUCUUUUUCAGUCUUCCUGUAAUGGCAGAGAAAUAAAAAGAAGGAAAUGUCGUUUUAUGCUUAAUAAGCAUUUAGUUUUACUAAAUUUACUUACAUGUUAGAAAAAGAGCAGUUUUCUUUUGAGAAAUGACUGAAUCUUGUAAAUUUAUGUUUUUGUCACACUUGUUUACAAGUCGAAGAGAAGUAAAAAAGUUCAGAUGUCUUUGUUUGACACAUUUAAAGGCAUGACAGACUUUUAUAAAAGAAAUGUCAUAGUAUUUUGACCAAGAAGAAAUGUUUAAUGUUGGAUUGGUUUUGAGGUUUAUAAACAUGGAGAUUAAAUCAUACAAAAACAAUAAACAUGAAGGUCAAAUAAAAAGUGGAAAGCUAGUAAACAGCUGGACUCCUUCUGUGAGGAGUCUUAAAUAGAGUAAGGUAGAAUACACACAGUGAAAAAAACAAACAAACAGCAAAACCAACAUAAAAUGUCUACAAAGGCACCUUAUUAGUGAAAGAAAGAGUUUUAAGUGUCAGUCAAACAUAAAAAACUAGUCACCUAAGUGGUCAUCAAUUCUUCUUCUGCUGCUCCAGUACCCUCCUCAUCAUCCGACUGCUUUUUGGCCUGUAAUAACCAGUGUUCAGAACCACUACCUCGGAUGACACAGCAUUGCUGGAUGUUUAUUUUUAGCACAAUAUCAAUAUUUAAUCAUUUGAAAAAGAAACUCAUCAUCCUCACUUGUAUGUUCCGAAAGCUGAAAGUGUCUCGUCAGCUCAAGUGAUUGUCAUUUAAGUUUCUUUCCAACUUUCUAAUCUUUCUAAUUCUUUAAAUUUUUGCAAUUUGGCUGUUUUUACUGAUCUUAACUUUGUUUACAUUCAUUCAUUCAUUUAUUCACCAACUACAGUCAAGGGUUUAUGAGGUGACCCUGUGCUAAAUCUGACCCAAUGAAAAGACUAUUCAUGUCUGCACGGGAUUCGGAUCUGAUGGAGAGAGGAAACAGAUAUGAGUACUUAGCAACCAAAACGCACACAUACACACAGACACACACUCUCUGCGCACACAUAAACACACCCCACAUGCUGUCUAGUUGAGAUAAUCUCAUCUCCAUCUGCUUGCCUUGGAUCUGUAAUAGGCUGCUCCUGCUGCGUUUCUGACUGCCUGCCUGACUCUCUGCCCUGAGACUCAACUAGCUUAAAAUAAUCAACAUUAUCGAGCGCAGAGAUUGGCCAGACCAGGCGGGCAAUCAAAAUCCAAAUCCCUUCGUUUUACAGCCUGUUGUUUCUCCUUUUGACUGUUUGUCCUGGCCUACUUAGACUGACUCUAACGCCAAUGGCUGCCGCAGCUGCCUGCACCUGUGACCGAGCGUCCGCGAGCUUCAUGUUUAUAUACAUGUGCACGCAUGAACACUUGUGAGCACAAAUGUGUCAACUCGUGUGGGUUUUUACGCCCUUGUUGCUGUGUGUGUGCGAGCGUGUAACCCUCAUGUGCGUGAUAAUCAAGAGACACGGAGGUUUACUAAGGUGAGCUCGUCUCUGAUGUGCAUGUUUGUGUGUUGUUUUCCUCUCCAGGCACGGCAGCAAGCUCAGAUGAGGCACCAGAUGGCGUCUGACAGUAAGAGCGAUUACUCCGCCUACCUGCAGAAGUUCAACCAGGAGCAGAAUGAACAUUACUUCACAAUUAUCCCCAACAUAUUCCAGGUAAGCAUAACACCAAAGAAGCAUGUGGUCUACCUCAAAGUUGUUAAACAAACCUGCAUUUGUUGGGUCAAUAAUCUUGCCCAUAAAUCACCUUUAUGCAGUCAUAUAUUGUGUUACCUGCCUUUCAAAACUCCCCGCGCAAAAGCACCAAAAAGUGCCGACAGAUUGAAAGUCUGCCAGAAUGGUGCAUUCAUGUGCGAUGAUUAGUUGGCUUGCGAAUUCAAUGCAGGCUCCCCUCUCGCUCCCCUCUGGGUCGCCGACUAAAAAUAAAUUCUGAACAUGCGGGAAACACCGAGGGUAAAAAGGCAUCAUUAUUUAGAGUGCGGUUAUUUUGUUUGAGCUGUUUGUGAUCCCAAGCUCACAAUCUCUCAACAUCUAACACACCCAUGAGAAGAGCUGAUAUAGAUGAUAUGAAAACAAGCAGAAGAAUGAAACCUCUUUAUGGAUCAACCAGACUCAGCAUUUGGUCAGUUGGGAGUUUUGAAUAUUUGUGCCUUUAAAAAGUUGAUUUUUGUUUCUGUUGAGAUGCUUUUUUCUUUUUUAACACGAGCUUGUAACUUGGUGUUAUAGUCCAUGUCACCUGUUGUUUUCAACCUUUUCCUUGAGAGAUCAAAGCCUGAAACUGUGAGCUCAAGUUUUAACAGUUUGACCCAAGUUCAGUCAUCAAGUAUUUUAUACGCUAUUACUGCAGUUUUAUAUGAAUGUAGUAAACUCUAUUGAUCAAAUACAGAGUCACAAGGUGCUGGACAUUAAAAUACCAGGAUGCUAGAAGAACCACAAUUAGGGCUGGGCGAUAAACCAAAAAGUUACCGAUACUGAAAUUUACGAUAAUAACCGUCAUUUUGCCAAUAUUAGUAUAUCUGGUGUCAAAAAAAUUGAUAAAUAAAAGUUGUUUUUGGAUGUGUGGAGGUAGGCUAUGGUCUCAUGUCCUACGUCAGAGACGUGACUCCACCCCAUCCAGUCCGUAACAAAGAGGGAAAGACAAGUGAGGAGAUGGAGGAUAGUUUAAAAGUUGUCGUGGCUGGAGCGACGGCUGAAGUAGACGAAGGUAAUGUGGGAGGGGAUGAGCAGCUUGUGGAGUAGUUAUCAUCCAUUUAUCGUUAUGGAGGUGAACUGCUCAAUAUAUCGUGAUAUUGAUUUGAGGCCAUAUCGCCCAGCCCUAAUGCUACUACUGCUUAUAUCAGUUUUAUAUGAAUGUAAUAAACUUUAUUGAUCAAAUACAGAGUCGCAAGGUGCUGGACAUUAAAAUACCAGGAGUAAAAACAAUUAAAACAAGAUGUUAGAAUAACCACAAUUCAAUAAAAACAAGAAGAAAUGAAUCAAAUAGCAGCAAAGAUUUUAGUGCAAAUCUAAAGGAGGAUACAAGCUCAAAUAAUCGGAAAGGUUACAAAGCUCAGAGGUCCAAACAGUGUUAACCCAACCACCCAAAAUUUACAUACCAGCUGAGAUUCAGCAGCAAUCGGAAAAUUCUGCACAGUUUAAACAACAGGAUCCAUUUUUUUGAUUAUUUAAAACCGAUUUUAUCCUUACCCAAAAAAAGCAAGUUAGUCAACUACAAACAUGCCUGCAGCAGCUCACUUCGCAGCCCCUCUUUUGCCAUCAGUAACAGAGUGUUGGAGAAAAACUGUUUUCAGAUCUAAAAUUGUUUUUAAUCUCUUGUACCAUUUGAUUUAAAGACAGGGAAGCCUCUAAAGAUGACACAGCUCUUUUUUUUUCUUUUUGUGCGUGAUUAAUCAGAUUUUUGGUGCUUGAUGAUAAAUCACAGCUCUUUUGGAUAUUAGGAUUCUGAUUUUGUCUCAUUUCGCUCUUAUUUUGUGACUCUGACUGGUAACUUAUGGAUGUGUCUUUAUUCCAACAUAGAAACUUCAAGACAUGGAGGAGAAACGGAUCGAGAGGAUAGGCGUGUGCAUGACGACGUUCGCAGACGUGGACCGCCAAGUGCUGCCCAUCGUGGGGAAAUGUUUAGACGGCAUGACAAAAGCGGCUGAGUCCAUCGAGCCUAAGACAGUGAGUACUCAGCAUGAGAUAUAUUUGUACACACACACACACACAGACACCAGCAUAUGGGACACAUUACUCACUCAGCCAGGGUGUCAGUCACAGCCCACACACACCACUGAUUAGGCCCUCAGUUAACCCACAAGUGUGGCAGUGGGUUGUUACUCUUUGGGGGGAUAUUUUGUUUAUAAAAACAGCUGACCCGUGAACGAUGAAGUGCUGUGGGAGGACGGUUUUGUGAACUGGGAGGAUGCCAGAAGAAAAUAGAUUGUGAGUUAACCUGAAGGAAACCAGCGAGGUAUAAGCUGGACUCUGGCUGGAAGUGGAUUUUGGGGAUCCGAUGGAGGCUGAUGUUGUAAAAAUUAUAAGAGGAAUUAAAACGUACUUUUGACUCAUUUAGAAAAAAAAUACUCUAUAGGGGUGGACAAACCACGCGAUGACAGCUUUACUAAUUUCACUUAAUAUUGAAUAAAACUGAAUCUUAACUUUCUUAAAAACUUACAGGCUGAUAGAAAACAUGUGCGUAACAGGCUGAUAUCAGCAGAACAGUAUAUCUGUCAAGCGCUAGUGGAAGCACACACUGAGAGUUAUUUCCUCUUAAGUAACAGCCAUAUAUUUAAUAGACAGAUGUGGUUGGAGGAGCACUUUGUAAUUUGACACUCGGUUAGAAGGAGAUCACGGUGAUUUCCCCAAAAUGAUUGUACCUGUUUGGGAAAGUAGGGGGAAGUUGAGUCACUUUACGUUUCCUGUAGUUUAAUCGACCGUUGUGUUUCCAGUUCUAACACUUCAGUCAAACAGCUUUUAUUGUUUAUUAUUUGGAUUUGGAAAAGCAGCAUUUAAAGACACAAUGUGCUGCAUGAUAUAUUGAGAUGUCACAUGUUGGCUGCUUGCCAUAUGACAAAAAGCAAGUCUAUCCUCAGGCGUUGCAAAGUAUAUGUGUGUUUGUCUGUGUGUGUUUGUGUCUAGCUGAGUGCAUGGCUCACUUCCAGGGAGAUGACUCCAGCCUGUGACUGUCUUCUGCAGUAAACAACGUCGGGGAACAACACAAUCACAUGCUCUUCACUCUGUCCUCUCUCCUUCACUUCCUCUCACAGACCUCUCUCAUGUAUACAUCGCACAGCAGCAGACUUUUGACCCCCUCAUCCCGACUCCGAGCAGACCCUCGGCUCUUAUCAUCUGAGAUAGGCCGAUGCACACACUGCGCUUGAUUAAUGUUCUCCUUCCUGAGUCUGAUGAGCCUGGCCCUGUUCGCUGUCUUUGUCAUAACUCCUGCUCUGACAGAUUCGGGUCUUUUCCUCUCACUGCAGUGGCCCAUAAACCGAAAAACGACCGUCUUGCUCUCUUUCCUUUGAUGACGCAUCCGUGGACUGUUAUCAGUCAAAAACUAGCGUAAACAAGAAGGUUGUCAGGCCUCUAUUGUGCUCUAUCUUAUCUCCGGACUCACUGAUUGGCUAAUCUGAACUCACAGACAUCCGCAUCAAUUUUCUAGUUAUGUUUAAAUACAUAGUAAAACAUUAAGAGGGUCUUAAAAAUCAAAUAAUCAAACACAGAAUCUGUAAUUCUGUCUGUAUUUUCUCACUCCACUUCUGCCUGUUUGCAUAAAUAACAAUAAAAGUCAGCAGCUUAUCUCGCCAGUAGCCUGCAGCUGCUUUUUUUAAAGAUAUGAUGGUCCCUGGCAGAGUCAGAGGUGGGAGACAAACCACAGAAAUGAAAUCAAGACCUCAAAGUGAACAACGUGGACACAUUUUUUUCCUCCUUUGUGAAACUGUGUCGUCCGAUUGCAACACUUUAACAACUCGGUGUUGCAGCACAAAAUUAGUUAAAGCCCUUUUUUAAAGUUGUUGAAACGACAGAUACAGGAGGAAUUUUAUUGAUUAACACCAGCCUUAGUGACUGUUUUCUUGUUGGUUUGUGAUGCUAAGAGUUACAGCCUGAAUUGGCUGCAUACUUUUCUGAAUAUUGCUCCUAAAACCAGCGUUAAUGAUCGUCAUUUCUUCAUAUUCUUGUCACUCAUACUAAAAUUCACAUGCUUUACAUUUUUAUAAUAAUUACACUCUGCUAAUCAGCCUUUAUGCCUUAUUACAACAAGUUUUAUGAUACGCACUGUCCUCGGGAAGUACCAUAAAAACCAGAAGCAGUGACUGAUUCUGUUUUAGGGGUGGUCCCAGAGGACAAAGAUGUUUAAAUUCUGUUCUUUCUUGAGGACUUCCACACUAUUCAGCGUUGUGCAGUUUUUAUGCAGACGUGUUAGCCUAUUUUUACUACUACCUGUUAUCCUCAUUAUGCCAACUACUCGUAUGAUAGCUGAGCUCAGGCUUUAGUUGAGAGGUACAGAUAAGUCACCAUUUCUGCAGGUCACUUUUUCUCCCAAAUUGUGUCUUUCCAAUCAAACUUUCACUUUACGAGUUUUAUUUACUUACUACUAUUUUACUGUUUUCUUUAAAUGAAUGAUUAUGACUCAGGGGAAGGGCUGGUUGGUAUGGUAAAAAGUUUACCAAGGUAUAUUUUUUUCAUAUCAGUCUAUCAAUAUAUAUAUAUGUGUGUGUAUAUAUAUAUAUAUAUAUAUAUAUAUAUAUCAUAUAUAACACAACCACUUGUCAAUCUUAAAUGUUAUCUGUCACUCUUAAGUGAAAUUUAACAGUACGUAUUGGUAGCAUGUCUUUUGCAUUACAAUAAGCUACUGCAUCUGUGAGGUUUUUGUGUCUCUUUGACAUUUUGCCGUAAGGCGUUGCACUAGAGAAAGUGGACCGAAUGGUCGGUUCAGCGCAACGCCACUCCCAUUUCCAUUCGCUAUUCGUAUAGUCUACUAAAACAUGGCAAAAUGCUGGGUAUUGAAAAGCAUAUUGACUAUGUUUUAUACCGAUAUCGAGGGAAAUUAUCAUCAUCAUUUUUAUCGCCCAGCCCUACUCAGGGGAGAGGGGGAAAAGCUCUUUCUGCACUUAAACCAGCAUUGGUCACACUGAUAUAUGGGAUGCAACUCACCUUUAGGCAGACAGAAAGCCCCAUAUAUACUAUAUGGCAAUAAUACAGUGUCAAACUACAUCUGUAUUUCAUCUUUCCUGAAACUUUUUUUAAAGUCAAAACUCAAACUGCAGAUUUCCAGAGCUGUGGUGGUAAAAUGAAACUGAUUCCUACUGUCCCUCUCCUUCCUUCAGGACUCAAAGCAAGUGGUGGAGUCCUACAAGUCCGGUUUCGAGCCCCCGGGUGACGUGGAGUUCGAGGACUACGGCCAGGCCAUGAAGAGAACGGCAUCUGAAACCAGCCUGUCCAGAGAGGGGAAAGAGAAACCUGCCGGCAAGAGCAAGGGCAAACUGUGGCCUUUCAUUAAGAACAAGAACAAGGUAACACAUGAGUGCUCACAUUUACACCAGAACACGCAGCAGCAGCAGCGCCUCGCUGACAUUUGGUUUUCACAGGAAUUUUCUCACAUGGAGGUCACUUUAGACUCUGGGGGAGUUUGUCGGGUGGGUUUUAGGGCUUUGUUAGUUUUGUCUCUCGAUUCUGCAGACAUAUAUGUGUUCAGUGUCACAUUUCUGGUACUGGUUAUGUUUUAAAUUUCAUUUCUGUGUAGCUCUUUCGUUUAUUUCCGUUGAGAAAUUUGUUGCCAGUUCAUGUUACUAUUGCCAUUUUCGUUGUUAUUGUUAUUAUUAUUAUUAUUCGCCACCCGUUCCCCCCUCCCUCUCCCCGGCAAUCACCCUCACCGAUAUUGGGAGCCUCCCUUCUUUUGUAACACACACUAAUGCAUUUCUACCUUCAUCUUGUGAAGGGCUCAACCGGCAGAUAACAACUCGAUCUAAAAUAACUGUUUUCUGGCAUUCAAACUUCUUCAGUUUCCUGCUUUUGAAGAGCAAAAGCUGAUCUCUGACUGUCUUAUGGGCUGGUGGCACUGAUGGUGUUGAAAUAGGCCGAUGCAUGAGUGAGUAAUCGGGUGUGUUUGGGAAAGAAGGGCUGGAAGCUAGUGUGUGCAAUUCUAGAUGCGAAAUCUGUGGCUGUUUUUUUUUUUUUGGACAGAAAAGUGGUGUUUUUAACUCCUUUGAUUUACGGUGUGCAACUUCCUGAAACUACAGCACACUUAUUUAGAGCAGGAUUCGUUUUCUGCAGCCACUCAGAGAGGUAUUUCUACUCUCCUCACACACACGCAUGGAUGGGUAACAGAAAAACACGCCGAUAUCAAUCUCUUUUCAAAUAAUCCAGCAUAAAAGCCUCAUGAUUGCCUCUCAGAAUCAGGGUUUUUGUGAUUUUUCAGCCUCUUUGUGUUGUAAAAAAAAAAAGGGUUUCUAGAUCACUUGGCCAUGCAUGCGCUGCUUUAUUCUCCUAACUCCUCAACUAGUGGUGAUGAAUAAUGCAGUUUGAUGUUUUAGGACAGCAUUUUAACAAUUAAACUCCUCCGACGGUGACCUCAAAUUCAGCGGCUGGUAUCCUCAGGGGUGCUGGGAACUUGUUCUGGCUGGCAUGUGUCGAGAUCGGAAAUAAAAACGAGAAAUAAAAAAGGGUUUUCCAAAAGUGGGAGCCUGCAUGCGCUUUGACUGAACUCUCUGCUGUUUGCUUUGUUGCAGCCGCUUGCUUUAACACAUUUUCGCUUCCUACUCACUCUGUUUUUUCGUUUCGACUUGUUUUUUUUAACAGUUUUUUUUUUUUUUUUAAGUUUGACAUUUUAACAUAACAUAACUGACUAGGUUCGGCGUUCCUUUGGUUGUCUUUUACAUUCUAUUUGGGUUUUCUGUUGUGUGUUUAUUUUUUAAUAUUUGUAGGAGGCUUAUUUAUUUCGUUUUGUGUUCCCUCCUCCUCCUUUUUUUCCUCCUUUGUCCUUAUUUUCGUUGGAUUCUCGCCCCCUUUAUUCUUCUUCUUCUUCUUCUUCUUCUUCUUCUUCUUCUUCUUCUUCUUCUUCCAUGUUUUUUUCCUCCUCCUUUUUCUUCCUCCUCUCCGUCACGGCUCCCUCUCUUACUGGUAGCUUAUGUCCCUGUUAACGUCCCCCCACCAGCCCCCACCUGCCCCCCCAGCCACAUCCCCGCCCUCACCCUCUGCUGUUCCCAACGACUCCCAAUCUCCCAAGCAGCAAAAGGAGCCCCUCUCCCACCGCCUCAACGACUUCAUGGCCUCCAAACCCAAAAUGCACUGCCUCCGGAGCCUGAGGCGAGGGGUAAGUGUGUGUGUCCAGCAGGCUUUUGUGCACGUGUGCGUGUGUGUCUCUACACCUGUAUAUGAACCUGCUGCACUGUAUGGGUGAAGUAAAACACACGGGGCCGUAAAUAUAAACAACAAAAAGCAUCUGUUGCCUUUACAGCUUUGAUUGUCAACAUUAAAAUGAGUCCUAUGACCCACAUACUGGUACGAUCAGCACUGACAGAGGCCUCUCACCUUCACUCAUACAGCGCUCAGCCUUGUUUCGCUUCUCUAGCAUGCUUUACGUAGCGCAUAACUCUGAAUCCAUGGUACUUGUCUGACUCACCAACAGUCUCUCCAUCUUGUCCCUUCAUUCUUCACAUUAACUCUGUACUCACAGUGACAGUCCCUCUCCUCUUACCCACCUUCCCCCUUUGAUUAGAAAGACGCCCUAGAGUCUUGGCAGUAGCAUGGAGACUGCAGAUGCUCCCUGCGCACUUUUCUCUGCAGUCUAUGCUGGAGGCGGCAGUAGCGGCGGCAGCGGCGCUGGAUUGUUUUUGUUGUUUUGCUGAUGAAACUAAAGUGGAGUGACUCGAGAUAUUGAUCGGUGUAAGAGUUUGAAGAUGACUCUUUUAAUAUCACCAACACUGGAGAAAAACUUGGAUCUACAGCGGAACAUUAUCCUGAAGAUAAAGCUUUUAAAAUUUCUCACUGCAUAUAUUUUCAAUUCAGGAAACAAAUGGAAGUCUGAUAUUAUCAAUAGACAGAUAUUAGUGCUCAAGUUUUAAUACCAAUCCAGACACCAAACUAUAUAUUACACAUCUGGAUAUGUUCAGCUGUUUGCAUUUUUUUUUUACUUAUAAGACUUUCCAAAGAUUCCCAAGAAAACUAUGGAGUGCACUCUGCUUCAUAAACAAUGGAUGAGCAUUUUUCUUUGUGCUUUAUGCAAAUCGUCCAAGAGUAUAUCAACUUAUCCUGUUUUUAAAAUAUAAGAAAAAACAUGAACAUAAAUAGGUAUCUUACUUUGGCAUAUUAUAACCAGAUAGCAGCAUAUUCUUCAGGCUCUGACAAAUAUAGUAUAGAGACUCCUAUAUUGACCUGUGUGUAUGAAAUAAAUUGGAAUAAUCAGGGCUAAAAUAGUCUGAUUUACACUUCAACAUGUUGGAUGUUUAGUGUUUAGUAUUUUUAGAUGCCCUGUUUCUCUUAUGUGUAACCAACUAUAUUAAAUAACGUGGCCUGUUAUCAGUCCGUAUGGUCCACUUGUGCCUGGAUUAAAUCAAAAACAUUUAAAGACUUUCCUUAUCCUGAGUGAUAUUAGUUAGUAUUAUACCCUGAAGAAAUGAUUUAACCUCACAACAUCCUUGAUUUAGAUCAGGAAUGUGUGUUAAAAUUUAAAUCAUUAAAUCACUAAAUCAUUAAAAAUUGUCGGCCUUGGCUUGAUGGCACCAUACUUACUAUCAGGGUAAAUGGAGAGUUAGUGAUUUUAUUAUUGGGGGCCCAAAACGCUGCUCAUAUCAGGAUGUGAACAAGCGCAGAUGACAGGUGGUGUUUUUUAGUGUGGGGCUGUUUGUUAGACUGAAGGCUGUUGGUGCUGACUCUGCCAACAUUAGCCACCACUUUCAGUGCUGCGGUAGAUCACGGUUGCUUAGUACCGUUUUGUUGUGGUUUGUCUCUCCACGUAGAGUAAGAGGAGUUAUUUUAGACGGUGUCAUGUUGCGUGGUUUUAUCAACACCAGCUCCCAGUCCUGCUGGGUGUCAUCACCAGUUAUCGCUCUGAAGUCCAGUGUGUAUUUCUGACGCGGUCCCUGAGCCGAGGGGCAGGUCAGGGCACGUUUUCCCAUUACGCCCUCCAUCCCUCUCUGACCUCAGGAAUGGGCGCUAACUCACGUGUUCCUUCCGGAGCUUGCAAAUAUAGUCUCUGCUUAUGCUGGAACUUUGAAAGGGCAGCCGUUACUCAAAGUUUGAAUUGGAGCUCUAAUGAUGUCUGAGCGAACAAUACUGUGAGUGAGCGAGCGCGCCGUAGAGGAAACGAUCGAAGGUCGGCAGAAGAAAGGGGAAGCAUGAAUUUUCUUUGAGCAGGAAGUGCACGUUUCUGAAAGCGGAAGUGCUGAAACAGCUCUCCAGAGGAGCGAUAAAAAAAGAGUUAAUCACAUGCAUUGUUUUUCAGCGUACACAGAUAAAAAUGAUUGAAGUUUGACCUUAACAGGGACAUUUACAGCACAGGGAAAGUUCAGGUGAAGUUACAGAGUCUGUAACAGAGACUCAGAGUGAGCCCUUUAUUCAUACUUCAUGUAAACACAUUUUAUAUAUUUGUACAUAUUUUCAUGUCUCAUGGUAGAGAUCUGUUCAUGCUUUUCAUGUAUGUAGAUGUCUUUUAAUGUAGAGCAUAUUUUAUACUAUAUUUAAGGGAUGCACCGAUUGACUAAUACUGAAACUGACAGUUUAGCCACCAGCUGAUUCUGCAACCUUCAAUAAACGGUUGUAAAUUAAAUAUCUUAUAUUAGAGUUAUUAUUUAAUAUUUUAAAAUAGUCUAUCACAUCUCAUUACUCUAUGUUUAAAGCUUUAAAGGAGUUUUUUAUGUUAAUAAAAUACACUAAUAUUCACAUAAAUGCCUUUUCAUAAUGUUUAUAAGCAAACAAGAACAGUAAAAACAUAGUUAUGGUACUUAUUUUGUGAUUUUUAAGGAGUGAAACAUCUGUUAGGGGGUAGGUGCCAAGCAACUAAAGAAAUAGCCUGUUUUUUUGAUUAUUUAUUUACAUCUGAAAUACUCAAAAUAAAUAAUAUCCAACUGUCAAAAGUCUGACUUUUUAUAAAAAAUUUGACUCAAGCAUGUAAAGGACGAGGUUAGCAAAGACUACUUUGUCCACAGGGAGAGCCAAAGUUAACAUAAAUCAAGAGUUUUUCACAGGAGCUUUACAGUUAGUAAGAAUUCACUUGUACAAAUUAGAAAAAAAAAUUGCAAAAGAAAUUUGCAAUUCUUUCGGCAUCUUUUUUUUUUUUUAAUUAGAUGCUUGUUUGAAGAGCUAAAAGUUGAUUAAAUCUAAAUUUUUAAAUAUUGAUUCAUAAUAACAAAUACAUGUUUGUUUCCAAAAGUGGAAAAAAACCCAUAAUGGGUGAAAACAAAGUGCUAACUAGCUUUUAUCAUUAAAUUAAUGCAAUAAAACAACCUCAUAGGUGCUACUGCAAUAUAAAAUCAUUUGUCUGGUGACUGAUAUCUGAUAAGAAGUCUAAUGUUCUGAUACUCAGCCAACAUAUAUACAACAGUCGGUGCAUCUCUCAGCUUUUGCUCGUUUUUAGAUCACAGGGUUCGCAUUUAAAGGAAACAGAAGGUUCAUUUUUAAUCCGAUAAAGUAUCAAUAAGUCUUUUAAGGACAUCAACCCCACUGCCUCAAAAGACUCAGACAGUGGGGUAAAAGCCUUUUAACAGCAGAUUGUAAUUCUUUUGCUCUUUCACAAGCUGAUCUAGAUCUGUCUGCUUAAUUUGAGCUAUUUAGCUGAACAUUAUCACCAGUACUUUAGUAUCACCCUGCUCAUUUUAUGACCAUAUUUAAAAGUAUAAUUCAGUUUGAGGAAGGUAGUCAAACUGGAUAAAUAACAAGUCUGCUACAAAACAAAAAAACUAGAUCAGAAGUGUGCUCAGUUGACAUUAGAUAGUAGAGACUGAGGCUACUUUUGGUCAGAAACUUAGACCGAAGUUUCCUUUCCGAGCUUGACUGAAAGAAAAAGUGACUUUUGCUAAAUAAAUUAAAGCUCCUGUUCAGGACUUUUUGUAUGCAUUGAGUUUGGCGCCUCCUGUGGACAAAACAGUACCUGAAAAGUGAUCCUUUUGCUAACUUAGUCCUGAACAUUAGUAUGUGGUAUAAACUGAUGAGACUAAAUCCUGCUUUUUCUUUUUUUAUUUAACGUAUAACUUGUCAUGAAUCAUGACUAUGGAAAAUGUAAACAAAGGCUGCAAUUCAGUCCAGAUUCUCGCUGCUUAAAUCUCUAGUUAUUUCUAUUUCUUCACACAGCAAUAGUCAUCUUUUUUCCUGUUAGUUAGUUUGUUUUUAUAGGUCAUACAGGGAUAUUAGUAUUAAUUACAGCCUGUUUUGAAACCAGUCAAAAAGUCCUCACAGGAGCUUUAACACCGAUUGUAAAACCUGCUUAGCAGUGUUGAAAUACAAGACCAGAUCGUCUCACGUCAGAGUCCAGCUGUUUUUAAAAUGAAACAUGUUUUAUUCUACCCGAUGUUGAACUGAAGCAACAUGAGUAAAUUUGAGAUUUACCGAAUCUGAAACAUGAUAUGAAAGUGCUUGGAUCAAGAAAUUCAGAUUUGAUCCUCUCCCACCUCCUGCAAAGAGAACAGGGUAUCAGGUUGUAGAGGAUCAGAUUAGGGGUGGUGUUCUGUGUCUCCCUGCUCAGCGGAGGCAUGUCUACCCCCUGCAGGAGAGCCUUCGUGUGGUGCAUAUUAGCGGUCUCAUCCAUCCACAGCAACCGUUCCUGUGUGUGUAUGUGUGUCUUGUGCAAGAGCAAAAAAGCAUAUGUGUUUAGGGAGCUGAAUUAAGAGCGUGUAGAGCAUAAGAUCUUUUAAGAGAGUCGGUGCUGUUCUUAUUGACAAAGCUGUAUUCUCUCCGACAACCACAGCAGCAAUCUCCGCGCACGCUCAUUUAUCACAAAGAGCUUAUGAAGAGGACGCUGGGUCGACCCACAUAUGCUUUCGAAGCAAGGCAAUAUGUUGUAAGUGUGUGUGUGAAGGGUUUAAGGGUGUGUGUGUGUGUGAGCAGGUAUGUGGUCGGCAGAGAGCAUAAAUGAAUACUGAGUGUUUUCCGGAUGUGUGUGUGUGUGUGAUCAGUGUAAGAUAAGUGCGGCACAUGCAGUAGCCUCAUUUUUUGAAAAUUUAAUUGAAGGGACGUCCGUCUCUCUAUGAUGAGGAUGUUCAUCAAAAUUAACAAGGCAAAUUUUCCUCACAAAGGAGGCUAGUGUGUGUGCGCUUUUCCGGGGGAAUUGGUCACAUGGCUCUGCCACGUGUGAGCCGAGGAGAUGAUGACUUCAUCCCACAUCACAUGUAUCUGCUUUAGAUUUCUUGUUGCUCGUCAUCCCCGCAGCUGAUUAAGGGCUUCCCCCCCACUGAGCAUCAACAACAAGGGGUCAAUUCACAAAGUGUCACAAGCACCUGAGGCAAGAUAUGAGGGAUUAUGGGUGUGGGGAUGCUAAUUCAUCCAACACGGGGAUCAUUCUCUACCGGAUCAUUAAAUCUCACUCAGAGCCAGAUUGAGUCUAAUAGGAGGUGUUUGGCACACUUUGGGUCCGGGUUAAACCUGCAGAACCCAGAAUUCACCCCUGCUGGGCUUUCUUUGUGCUGGUGUGCCAUACUGCAGCAAUGUCAAUGUCUGUGAGGGCUGAAAUAUACCUGUAUAUCUGUGUGCGUCUAGGGUUGUUUGAGUUCAGGGACAUCUGAGGACACGGGCUUCGCAUAUACUGAAUUUAGAAGAAUAACAGCGAGCUUUUACAUGAACUUCACUGCUUUUUUGCAAAUAAAUUGUUUAAUGUUAAAAAAACGACAUAAAUUGUGAUUUCAUUUGAAGGAAUUAUAUGAUAGAUUAAAAUCAGUUCAAAUUUUACAUGUUUUUUAAAUGAAAAUCCCAUUAAAAUUGCAUACACAGUCUCAUAAAAGAUGGGAUCCUCUGUUUAGAGAUGCACCGAUCCAUUUUCUUCUGAUCCAAUCCAAUCACAAUACCUGGGCUGAGCGUAUCAGCUGAUAUCCGAUACCGAUCUAAUCCUACUGUUGAAUGAAUGAAUUGUAUACCUUGCCCUGUGAGUGAAGGCAUCAGACUUGACAUUAGCCUUGAUAAAAAAAAAAGGUAACAAAUUAACACAGAUAUAAUUUUACUAAUAUUAUUAAUAAACAAAUAACAAUUGCACAUUAGCACACAGCAAAAAGUAGUAAGACUUCCAUGUAAACAUCAGUGCCAAAGGAUAGACAGACAUAGAAUAUAGAGUGAACAAAAUCACUGUGUUGCUGUAUAGGAUAUUAAUUAAAAGAAAAACAAAAACUGGAUCGGAACGCUGGAUCAGCAUAAUUCAUCAGAUGUCCGAUCCAGUUAAUUUGUCGAUAUUGGAGCCGAUAUCCUAUCCAAAUAUUGGAUCGGUGCAUCCCUAGCUCUGUUAAAGGCUUGCAAAAACAGAAUUUGAUGGUUUGCAAAUGAUUUAAACACCACAUUUGAUCAAAAAGACAGCACAUUAGAUGUUAAAAUCGGAAAUAUUCGCUUGCUUUUGAGCUGCACUGGAGGCAGUGGCGUCCAUGAUUUCCAAAAAGAGUGUCAAACAUUCAACAUGUCAGACUAAAACACGGUUUUCCACUUUACCUCAGUCUAUCCUGGAUUAUCUUUUCUUUUCAGGAUCGUGUUCAUUUAAGCCUAACCUGCUUUGUGGAUACAAACAGUGGUCAUUUUUAGCUCAUGCGGUAACUUCCACUACAGAGCCAUGUCAGUUUUUAGUGCAGUGCUGCCUGAGAACCUGAGCAUCACAGCAUCCAGUAUUAAUUUCUCAGCCUCGUUUAUUUUGUUCAGAGUUUUUCCAGAUUUUCUGAAUCCUUAAAUUUUGGACGACAGAUGAAAAAAUCCACAAAUUCUCAGCAACUGUACGACAAGGAACAUUAUUCUAGGAUUGGUAAAGAACUACACAACUUAAUGUCACAACUUCUUUGAAAAGCACUGCUGCAUCCUAUGGAAACUAGUCAUAUAUUUUUUCUGAUAACAACAACAUUUCUAAUUCAAAACUUGAUAUAUAUUUUUUAUAUUUGCACAAUUUCCUUUAAGUGUUUCAAUGAUUUGCAAACCAUCAAACUCGGUUUUAUCGGCUGUUUUGUAUAGAAGCUUUUAUUAAAGGAGUAUUUCGUUUUUUUUUUCUUGGAGGAACAUUAUCGUGUCAGUCGAGUCAAUAGUGCAAAUAAAGGAGAGUCUCUUUGUGUUUCUAUUGUAGGGUUUUUAUGUGUUUAGGCACCCUCUCCAGAAAGCAACCCGCAUUUGUACUCGUAUUAAGAUCUUUAUCUGUCCUGAAAAAGGUCCCAAACCAGAUCUAAGUGAAAUCUCCUUCCUAGCUAUUACAAAUAUAUUUAGAGAUUUACUCUUUUCUCUCAGUUAUGAGUAAAAAAUCAUCUGUUUUUGUUCUUUGUAAAAGAAAAGCGUCACGCGGGGAAAUGUGAGAAUAAUACAAAGGUGGUUGGGAGGUGAGAGUGUGGAUCACAAGGUAGGGCGUACAGUAACAGGCCAUUCCAGGUGGAUGACUCGAUUAGUGGACUAAAGUGAGUGGAGCACCUCAGUGCACCAGCCUGUGAGCCUCUAACAGGAUUAUAAGUCAUCUGCUGCGGCUCUAACAGCCCUGUGGUUGUGAAGCUGCUCUUUACUCUUUUCUCUCUGAUCAGAAAACAAUCUCAGAAAUCUGACAUUAGAAAAGUCUUCAACAGCUCCUCCCUCUUUUCUCUUUCUUUGCCUUUUUAUUUGAUGACUGUCUGUUUCCCCUGUUUUCAUUUGAAGGGUCUUCUUGUGUAGUCCUGAUUUUCUGGUUUUUGAAAGCGUCUCUCCAGCUUGUUUUGUUUCUGCCUCCAUGCCAGCGUUUUGGAUCUGCUGAUACAUGCUUUUGGCGCCCUCUGCUGUCACUCUCCCUGUAACAGCAGUAGAGAGGGAGAUCAGAAAAUAAAGAGCACAUCCAUUCUUGUUGCAUCCCCUCUCCCUCUACUCCUCUCUUUAUUUUGACUCUCAUCUGUCUGCCUUUUAUUUUUUACCUUUUCUCCUCUCAUGCUUGUGCAGUAGGUUGGUGUUUUCGCCAAUUCAUUUUUCAUUAAUCCAUCAUAUUAGAAAUGUUAAACUUCACCGUACUGGAAAAAAGUGGAUGAAUCUGCAGUUUAAAAACAUGCAUAUCCUUUAACUCCUGAGUAUUUGACCCUCUUUUCCUGUAACGGUGAAGUUUGGCAGAGCUAAAGGUCGAAAUAAUCAACAUUGAAUCUCUGUAUGUUUGAAGGAAAAUGACACAAAUAGCCGCUGUAUUUCUCCUGAUGCUGAUUUGUAUCUGUUUUCUCUUUCUCUCUCCUGCUCCUCGCCAUUUCUCUCUCCUCUCCCCCUCCAUGAAGCUUUCUCUCAAGCUGGUAAGCAUGACCGUGUAACCGCACGACCGUAGCGGCAUGACCACAUCACGCAUGUCACAUCCUCCCCCCCGUAACACAUUUGUCAAUAACGACCUGUACGCCGUUACGUUCUCCUUUUUGUUCAUUUGGGAUUUUGAGUUUGUUGUGAUUUAACGUUUUUUUGCUGUGACACAAUGACGGACCCCCGACUCGUGUCCUUGUCUCAUUCGUGUGUUAAUUUAUUUUUUGUUUUUGUUUUUAUGUCGUGGUUGUGUUCAUGUCUCUCCCCCAACUGUGUCUUUGGUCUCUGUGGUGCAGAUCACUCUCAAUUCCCACGUCCGGAAUCUCAUUGAGGUGAUCCGAUUUACUCCAUGUUUUAUCCGUCUGUCUCGUAGUCUGUCCGGUAGUCCUCCGAAAUGUGUGACCUUUAACACGAGUACUAAUCUGAUCUCAUGUAGUGUUCGAUCACUGAUAACCUUACACUGCAUGCCGAUGUAAUUAUGUUUAAAGUGUGUUGUUUUGUGAAGCUGUAAGAGAACUGGAUAUCUAUAAGACAAUAAAAGGUCUUAAUAGUGAACUAUGUAAAUGAACGGUUGGAUUUUCAUACGACUCUCUCAUCUGAAUACUAAAUUUGAAGCUACAGCAAAGACUAGAAAGAGAUCAAAACACACCUUAGAGUUAAAAAAAAGUACAAUUUUAUGAAGUGUUUAAACUCUGGCUGUGAAAUUGAUAACCAACAUGAUGUUUUGCAAGACCCACAUACUAAAAUGAGAUUAUCAGGAACAAGAUUAGAUAUUUCUUUAUGCGGAAUUCUUGCGUCCGGGAUUGGGUUGGAUUUUCCAGGAACAUAAGCUCAGAUAUUUGGCGCUCGCCCAGAUGUGUCUAUGUUUAGAGCAGCACUGUUAAAAUUUGGCAGUAAAAAAGUAGGUUAUCAAGCAGAAGGAAGCAUCUUUUAAAAGAUAAUUCUCUUUUUACGAAGUGUUUUGUAGUCGUGGAGCAGCAAUGUCAAAAAGGCACAAGUGUUGAGUAACUGUACAUUAACUUUAUGGCCCAGAGUUAAUGUUUAUAUCAGCGUUUUAAUGUUUUACUUUUCUGGGCAACAAAAUUGUUGAGAAAAAUUGUGUAUUUAACUUAUUCUGACAUUUAUGCAGGUACUUUAUCAGACGUCAUGUCACAUGGUCCGUGAGAGAUAAUGUAAGACUGUUAUAAGAGUUUACAAAGUUUGGUCAUUGUUGUAUUUUAGUGAAUUAUUUUGAGUGGCUUCAGAUCAAUACUUGACCUUAUGACUCUGCAUCCUAAAAAGCUGUUUUAGGCAAAGAAAAGUCGUAUUAAAGGAUCUGUAGUUCAUAUAUUUUAACUACAUAUUCAUUCAAUAUUGAAGUAAUAUUGUAUAACAGAGCAGCAUUUAAAAAGAGUCUAAGAUCAUCACUUUCUGCCUCUACUCUUUUCCGAAAACAGGUUUAGAGUUAUUGCACUUUGUAGCGCAGGAUUAUUUGUUGCUUCAUUUUUAACAUUCAGAUGUGAGAGUCCCUUUAAGCAAGAAAGUGAAAUCUAAGCUCAGUUAAGAAUAAAUUAUGCCUUUAUUUAAAUUUUCUCCCAUCAUUUAUUUUUGUAAAUCAAUACAAAUGAUUUUCUAAGUUAGUAUCCAUUCCACAUUUACCAAUCAGUGUCCUAUAGUUUCAUCUUAGAUGAUAGUGUCUCCGUCUGUGUGAUGGUAGCAUGUGUAAUCACUAAUAUAUGACGUCUGUACUGAAAUAUCUCACUGGGAAAGGAGGAGCAUGUCUCUGCAUGAUGAUUUACACUAUUUCUGUUAUCUUGCAUGCCCUGGUAAGUGUUGCGCCAUGGUUCAGGGAGACUUCGGGGUAAGGUUGCCAUGGAAACCUAGCUGCUGUGUUUGACCUGGCUUUAUGUGCAGUGAAUCCUGACCUCGAGCCCGUAGCUCCAGCACUUUGAUAUAUAUCCUGUGGUGCAGCCGUGACCCAGCUCAAUAAGAUCCAGUCAGGCCUUCACCUGUUCAGUCCAUGCAGAGAGAAAAACCCAAAGAACUCAGUUUGCUCCUUUUGUCCUCUGUUUCACUGGAAAGGACAUUAGCAUGCUCGAUUGAGCUCUAAAGAGUUUAGCCGUUGAAUAAGAAAUAGUACUUUCACAGCAAGUUACCUACAAAAACUGACCGUCCUUUAAACUUUAGCUGUACUUUGGUGAAGCAGAAAUCACGCUGAGAAAGGAAAACAUUUUCAUUACAUUAUUUUAUUCAAUAUUUUAACCAAAACAGAGAUGCUAGGAUGAAUAGACUUGUAGUUUUUAUUCUAGGGAUUCACAAAAAUGAGAUUUACAAUGUGCAUAAAAAAGUCAGCGUAAGAAGAGCAAAAACACAAAACCCCAAAACAUGAAAAAUUAUCCCAAACAACAAAAGAAUCAAGAAGACGCAUUAGGAAACUGAACUGAACCCAGGUUACACAGAAACCGAACUACAUAGAUAGAGACUGAAGGCCCAGAGGUGAAGAAAGACAACAUCACAUAGAAGCGAGUUUGUAAAAAUGAGUUUGAAGAAGAGGUUUUAAAAAGAACCGACUGAUUCUGAGAGCCUUUUUUACUCAAGUUGGUUGUUCCAAAUUGGAGGGGUCCUGAUAGCAAAGUCCUCGACUUUGGAACAACCAGGAGGCCCCAACCAGUGGAUCCGAGGCAGGCUCGUAAAGGGUUAAUAUUUCUGUAAGGUAGCCAGACACUUAAGUGAUGUAAAAGUAAUAACUAAUAAUCUUUAUAUCAGUUCUAAAACUUAGAGGGAGCCUGUAAGUUAUAGCGAUAAGCUAUAACCAACCUCAUCUAUAAAUCUGCAAUUAGGGCUGGGCGAUAAACUGAAAAUUUACUGAUACCGAAAUUUAUGACAAUAACCAACGUCAUUUUGCCCAUGUCAGUAAAUUCAUUGUCAAAAAAAUAAACAAAUAAAAGUUGGUUUUGGAUGUGUGUAGGUAGGCUAUGGCCUCAUGUCCCUUCAAGACGCUGUCCUAUGUCAGAGACGUGACUCCACCCUAUCCAGUCCGUAACAAAGAUGGAGGACGGUUCAAAAGUUGUAGCAGCUGAAGUAGACGAAGUUAAUGUGGGAGGGGGUGAGCAGCUUGUGGAGUAGUUAUCCUCCAUUUAUCGCAUCGAGGUGAACUGCUCAAUAUAUCAUGAUAUUGAUUUGAGGCCGUAUCGCCCAGCCCUAUCUGCAAUUAUCAGAAGUUUAAAAAUUAUGGUACAAAAAGAUGGCAGAUGCAUCUGCACUCCCUCCUAUCAUGCGUAAGUGAAGCCAAGAUAGUCCAUGCAAUAUGGCGCCAGUAUUUUUUUUUGCAAGAACCUGCAAAAAAAGCAAAUUUAAUUUACUAUUAAAAUGACACAGGUGGAGGUCUAAACUCUCUUGGCUUCACUUUUAGGGCGCGUAAACGUCCGUUAACAGUCUUCUGUGAAAACCAGGAAAACUGAGAUUAUGAGCCUUCAUUUUCUAAAGCAGGAAGGAACAGAGACUCGUGUGUUUUAUAUUGAGCUCUCCAGACAGACCAGCUGGCAGCUAAGUCUCAGCAGCUUCAGAUUUAAAACACAGAUACAACGUGUCCACAGAAAGUUUGAAAGACUGCCGAGAAGAAUGACUCAUCAGCGGGCUCAGACUGGAACCUUCUCAUCAGGAAAUAAGACACCUGCCCACAUCAACAAAGCUCUCACUCUCAUCUCAAGUACACAGAGUACAGACGGCUUUAAACCUGUUAGUCAGCUCACACUGAAAUACUAUAUGAGGAAUAUAAUUCAGGUACUUUAUUAUAUUUCUGAUUCAUUCACACAGAGCAGGAGACUAAAGAGCAGAGACUGAAUGGGUGAAGAGCCUCGAGUUUAUAGACAGACAAACAUCUAAAGUCUCAUUGUGUUAGAAAGCAGCUGCAGUAUCUUCUUUAAGUGAAUUAUUGGAGGAUAUAAAGAGUUCAUCAGGGGAGAUACUGCACCUAACUAGAAGAGAUCCCUAUGACACCAGCAGCAUGAUGAAUAAUGACGUUUGUUUUUCUUCAUCUUACCGUGUCUCUCUUUUCUCCUCCUCUCUGUUUGUGGUCUCAGGGCUCUGGACCUGAGGACUUCAGCCACCUGCCGCCAGAACAGAGGAGGAAGAAGCUGCAGGCCAAGCUGGACGAACUGAACAAAGAUAUCCAGAAAGAGAUGGACCAGAGGUACAGAACUGGACUCUGAUUUAUGCAUGGGUCCUACAGCGCUUAAAUUUUCAUUUUUACUUUUUAUGAUGUUUUUCUUUGAGUAUCUUUAAAUGUUUUAUAUCUUUUGAAUGUAAAAUAAACCAAAAUUUAUUUGAUAAACAUGUUAAUUCAAAACAGUCUGAAUGUGGCAACUUAAAGAAAUAAUUUUGAAUACCCAGAAGUUAUUAAAAGUUCUUUAUAAUCGGCAUUUAGGAGCUUUCUUAAGUGAAAUUCGUGUUUGCUCUCCUUAGGGACGCCUUGACUAAGAUGAAAGAUGUGUACGUGAAGAACCCUCAGAUGGGAGACCCGGCCAGCGUGGACCCCCGGCUAUCAGAAAUAAGUCAGACCAUCGAGAAGCUGCAGUUUGAAGUUCAGAAGUUCGAGGUGAGCGCGCUGACUCUGUCCGUGUGAGUGUUGGUGUUGGCGGAGCUUUUUUGUUUGGUUUACACGAGACGGUAAAUAAUGAGGAGCUCCAACGCUGGUCUCCAGCUGGGGUAGAAGUCUCGUCCUUAUUAGGAGAAGAUGUGAUGCAGCUGGAACGGCUGACUGUGCAUGGAGGAAGGCAGGGAGACAUGGGAUGAUUUACCCAGUUAGACAGUCAGAUAAACGACCUUAUAGGGCUGGGCGAUAUGGGAAAAAGUUUAGCACAAUAUAUUUUUUUCAUACCAGUCGAUAUCGAUAUGUACUCUUAAAUGAAAUUCAACAUGUUCUGGACAUAAUUUGCAGUGCACAUUACUCUGCUUCAUGUCCGACCUCUAAAAGAUGAAACACCUACGAUGUUUUCAUGCGAGUGUUGUCAAAGAUGUCGUCAUCUGUUGAGCCUUCAUCUGCAUUUCUGCUGGGGGUAGCUCUCAUUUUCUUUUUUUCUCACCGUGCUGUCGGCUUCACGUAUUAAAGUGCUAUGGCUGCGUGUAGCUGCUGCCUGCUACUACGCAGUUGUUUGCUACUUGGUUCUAAUUCAGCACGAUUGGUUCAGCGCAUAGUGGACCUGGAGCGACUCCCUGUUUCAUUGCCUAUUCGUAUAGUUUACCAAAACAUGGCAGAAUGCCGACUAUGGAAAAGCAUACUGACCAUGUUUCAUAUCGAUAUCGAGGGAAAUACAUUUUCAAUAUAUAUCAGUAUCGUUUUAUCGCCCAGCCCUACAGCCGGAGAAGGAGGACAGUCACCUCCAUAAACCCCUGAUAUUUGGCUCCAAAUGUCUACUAUCAAGAUAACGUGUAAGACCAAAAAUGAGAAGUCUGCUCACUCAGACUGUGGUGAAAGAGGCAGAAAUGUUCUUUUUGUGAAGGUUUUUUGCCAAAUGUGAAGGGCAAGGUCGUCUGAUUCACUGAUUGAAAAGCAUCUCAAGUGUCUGAAAUAACUUUGAGUCGUCAUUCAAGGCAAAACCGUGUGCACGUGUGUUUCAGGGCUGGUUAGCGGAGGUGGAAGAGCGGAUGCCAUCGAAGAGCGACACACAGCGCAGAAGUCUCUAUGAGACCCAGAACAACACAGCAGUGAGCAACAACUGUGCACAGGACAGAGAGAGGUAUGUUAGACCCCGAGGAGGAACAGGAACAGAUCAGACCCUAAAGUUCUGACUCUCUGUGUUUCUUCAGAUGAAAACUGUGGAUGUUUUCACAGUAUAUAUUUACUGUGUGUGUGUUGGCCUUUGAGCAGCCCGGAUGGCAGCUACACGGAGGAGCAGAAUUCAGAGACUCAGGUGAAAGCCAACAUCGCCCCCAACCCCACAUCCACCACGCCGGAGUUCGACGACGAGUUCGACGACGAGGAGACUCUGCCCACGAUCGGAACCUGCAAAGCCUUGUACCCAUUUGAAGGUGAAAAAACAAAAACAAAGAUCAGAAUAAUUCAUAAUCAAUUACUCAUUUAUUGAUGGAUUUGCAGCUGUCGGGUUAAGUCUGGAAACACAAUGAACUGAGACCUGAUGAUUCCCCUGUUGGAGGGUGGAGGAGUUUGAAUCUUCUGAACAAGGAGGAGUGGGGUUGUGACCUUUGUAAGACAAUGUGCAGAGGUGGAGGGCGGAUCGGGGGACUGUUUGAAAAAUCAAAUCUGGUUUUAUAGAGCCGAUCAAGAGUCCUGUCAGAAGAAAUCGAUGAUAAUCUAAAUCUGGACACAAUAGUCAUAAAUGAUGAAUACUGAACAUUAAAUGGAUGAAUAAUGACACUGUUGGGGGUUUUACAGAGAGCCAGAGUGGGUUUGAACAGUGAAGAGUGAUUUAAGAGCUCAUCACGGUUAUGGGAAAUCUUUGAAUCAGGGUGAUGAUGAUGGUGAGAGUGGCUGUGAUACUGCAGGUACAGCAAUACUGAGAAAUAGAGAGGGUUUUUUGUUCUUUAUUCACUUAUUAGAAGCGGCUUUAAAAGCCUGGGAGCAGAAUUUGCUCUCAGGUCAAAAAGCACUGAGCUAGAAAAUCAAACUUCCUCCUAAUUUGCAGGUUGAAAACUUCCUAUCCACCGUCCUAAUCCUUUUCAUCUUUUCUCUCAUUUCCCCCCUCUCUCUCUCUCUCUCUCUCUCUCUGCAGGUCAUAACGAGGGCACCAUCGCGGUGGCGGAGGGCGAGCUGCUGUUCGUCAUAGAGGAAGACAAAGGAGACGGCUGGACGCGAGUGCGCAGGAACGAGGACGAGGAGGGAUACGUCCCCACGUCCUACGUCGAGGUCUAUUUGGAAACAAAUGCCAAAGGUGCUAUGACAUACAUUUAACUGAGCAGAGUGUGUUUUAGUCACUGAGUAAGGAGGGUUACCACUGAAAAUACACACACUUACCGUCUCCUGUCCUUUGGGGAAACACAUUUGUGCGUCGUGCCUCUUGACAGUCGUGGCAGAUGGUGUGAUUAUGUGUCACUGUACUCUUUUUUUUUUUUUAUCGCUGAACGGAAAUUUCAAUCUAGACGGACGUUUUGAAAAAGAUGACUGUGAAAAGGAAGCUUCUAGUUCCUCCUCUUUGAAUCCCUGCAGUGCCACCUGGUGGUCAUUCAAAAUAAAACAACACAUCCACAGUUACAGCUUAGCAUUGUUUAAAAAAAUCACACGAACAUUUCAAACACACGGUCUGUUUUUUAAAACCUGUUUUUGUGUUUGUUUUUUAUAUAUUUUGUUAUUUUAAAACCACUGCUGUGUUCUUUCAAUCAAUAAUUGAAUCAAUCAAAGUGUUCGGGUCGGUAAAUCGAGUGAAUGUAUUCACAUCAAGCAGAAAAUCGAAUCAGAUUAAACCACUUGUACCUAAAAUCGAAAGCAUGCUUGAUGUGCAAUCAUGAAACUGUAUUUAAAAUCUGCUGUACAAUAUGAAAACAUAUUAAAAAAGGUAUUUUUGUAGGUAAAACAAGAAAAAAACAAAAAACGAUGCUUUAAAAUCCUCAGAGUUGCAUGCUGUAGAUUAAUUGUAGUGCUGCUACUAGAAAAACUUGAUUAUCCCUUCUUGAUUGGAUAAUAACUGAUCAAACUCGUAACCUAAAACCACCUUAAAAUGACAUUUCUUUUCUUUUUUAUCCGCUUUUUUGAUAAUGAGAGUGUUGGCCCGUUCUGGUCCUUUUUUUUCCAGGCCAGUGGUAAAGGAACACAGGAGUGAGAGUUAGCUGUUCUGAGCUCGAUGGUGAGAUCGGGGCCGGACUUUCAAGUCUUGUGUUUUUUUUCUGCAUGAGGGUCUGGACUGAAAAGCAUGGUGUGCCGCUCCACCUGGUAGACUCUCUGUGCUACUUUUUAAGACUGGCAUCAACUCAGAAAUCAUGUCUUUCAUAACUCAUUACAUAAGCCUUUGUGAUGGCUUGUUAGCGGCACAGAACAGGGUUGUUAGUGUAGGAGGUCGGAGCUGUAGAUAAACUUUUUAUGCAUCUUGUAGUUUGUUCAAGAGCGGUUAAUAUCGGGCGCAUGAGGCAGCAUUUGAGGCAUUUUUGCCCCUGAUCAUGACGUGGUUAUUGGCAUGUUGUGACGACGUGCAAAAGGCUUAACCCUAACAAGCAUUCAAGCCAGAUAAAAGUGGAAAAGUUGCAGAUUUACAGGCUGCAAACAGAUCUUUCAAAGUCACGUGAACAUGACGGGUUUCUGGGUCUGUGUACUUGGCCACCAACAGAUCACGACCAGUAAGGAAUCGGGAGACAAAAAACGGAAACGGAAAGUUUUUUCGUUUUGAUCAUAAAAAUCUGAGAAUUCAAAAACAACUCAGUAUUUGACUUUCUGUGAUGUAACUUUAAACAGAAAUGAAGAUCAAAAUACGUGCAUGGAAAUCUUGUGUUUGAAGUUUUGUUCACUUUUUUGUUGUGACCUGGAAGUUGUGACUUGGAGCAAGCAAGAUAUGAUUUAUUUUCCAUGUACAUCUGAUGUCUUUAAUGGGAACGUUGCCCCCUCCAAGAUGGCUACCAACCCACCGUGCAUUUUUUGGUCUAAAAGAAGUCUAAUAGACGUCUAAAUGUAGCCUAGAUGACUGGUCUAAAAUCAGGCUACCACAGGUCUAAAAAAGAAAGUUUUUUAGACAGUCUAAAUAAGUCUUAAUCUGGGCUAUAUCUAUACUACACUGUAUAUUGCUCAACAGUGAUUAUUAUUUUGGUUAAGUACUUGGAACUCAGUUAUGCAACUCACAGUUGUUUUUUUAAACAAAUAGUUAUUGAAUAUUGGGUUAAAGUGCAACGUCUAAAUUCAGUCUAAAAAUAUACAGAAUCUUGACAAUUAAAAUUAGGUUUAAAAGAAAAACCUAAUAGCCGUCUAUUGCCCAGUGGGAAGGAGGCACGUCAUGUAUCUUUUCUUCUGUACAUAUGCCGUAUUUUUCGCACUAUAAGGCGCACUUCAAAUCCUUCUGGCUUUUCAGAGCACUGCAGCUACCGUAGCCUUGCAAAGUUAUUGAAUGAGUUCAAUAAAGUUUGACUUAUCUGACUGCUUUGUUUGCGCUUUAUAAUCUGGUACGCCUUAUGUAUGAAAAUAGAUGCGAAUAGACGCGUUCAUUGAUGGUGCGCCGUAUGAUCAGGUGUGCCUUAUAGUGCGAAAAGUUCGGUAUAUAUAUCUGUGCUAACAAGAGUCAAAGUCUUGCUCCAAGUUACAACUUCCAGGUCACAACAAAAGAAUUUAAUGAAACUUAAACACAGAUUUACAUGAACGUUUUUUGAUCCUCGAUUUCCAUUUAAAGCCACAUCACAGAAAUUUAAAUUCUAAAUUUUUAUUUUUCAUUGUCCGAUUUUUAUGAUCAAAACCGGAAACGGUUUGUCUGACAGCUCGUCUCCUGAUUUUCGUUUUUUCAUUUGAAAAUGAAAAUCCGUUGGCCGCCAUGUACAUGGACCUCUCUGUCCCCCUCCUCUCCAUAUCUGAAUAUUUGAGUCUGUCUGUGAUCAGAUUCUUCUUAAAAGCUGUCUAACUUUUACUUUUUCACUUUUUGUUUGUUUGUUUGUUUUUUUCUUUCCCCCCUCUUUUGACUUGCAGAUUCCUAAAAGUGUGAGAGGCUGGCUGAGGAAUGGCAGGGCAAGCAGCCUCGGAGAAAACACCACCACGUUCCUCACGCGCUCACAGAGUCAGAGAGAGAAAGUGAAAGAGGACCCCAAUCUUUAAAAAAAAAAAGAAAGAAAGAUGGCCGAUUUGGCGGCAUCUCAAUUUUUUUCAAAAAAAAAAAAAAAAAAACAUGCGAAAAAUAUCCGGAUUGUUGCAACAACAAGAGAAAUCCAUCUAAAUUUAGCGCUCAUAACCUGUUUCCAUUCUUAACAGCCAUGCAGCAGUCACAACCACAGUAUUCAAUUUGCUUUUUUGUUGUUUACAGCGAAGCUUUUUGCUUUUUAACGGAACUAACUCCGCUUGCACCGCGCUCAGUUUUGACUGCGGCUGUUGGCUUCCUCGCUCUGAACGUGCUCCCUUUGCCACUUCCCAUUAUCCUUACCUUAUUACCCUCCUGCACACACACACACAAACACACACACACACACACACACACACACACACACACACACACACACACACACACUCGGUAAAGGGUGUGGUCAGAGACAGGACGGGGACCAGCAGGAGCCACAAAGCCCACCUUAACACACCUUUCAUGCAGCGACGAGAGUGUGUGUGUGUGAGAGAGACAUGAACUCUUCCUCCUCCUCUAAAAAAAAAAAAAACUCACCCUUGGCUCUCAUCCGCCCACAUCUGGAGCUUUCACCCUUUCUCCACUCAAACCCACAUUUGCAGGUUUUUCGACCAACUGGAUAAUGAUGAAGGUGCUAAACAUCUAUCUGUUCGCUACAUGUUUCUGCUCCAUGUCGUGUGUGUUUCUUUCGUAUCUGAAUGCCUGUCUGUGUUUGUUUCCCUCUCACACAUAUCCUGAACCAGCUCGGAGGAAAAGAGAUGGAUGAAGCACCACUCACCAUCACUCAUCCUUUAAACUCUUGUCUUGCCGUCUCUGGUGUCUGUUCCUCUCUCUGACCACCUCCCUCCUCCUCCUCCUCCUCACCUUCCCCUCUCCUUAGUCGACUCCUUCUCUCAGCGGGGGUCUCUCAGCGUUGCGGUGUGCUGCAUGCUUGCCCUGUCUUCCUCCUCGCCCUCCUCUGCUAACAAACCCAGAGGAGGUGUUGUUCAGGGGGAGGGUGUUUGGUCAGCUUCGUCCAGCUUUUCUGUUUAGUUAACCCUCAUUGCCUGGUCUCACUGUUUGAAUUAACCUGAAUGCUACUGUUUGGGUUCAGUGCCUGUGGUUCAUUUGAUUUUUCCCUGUCUUAGAAAGCAUGUUGAUCUUGUUUUUAACAGCGACAAGAGUGCGUGUGUUCCCCAGUUUACUCUCCGAACUGUCAGAAAAGGACGAUAGGGACCCUGAAAUGUUGUUUUUGUUUAUUUUCUGAGCGACUGUUUGCAUAGGUAGGUCUUGUGCAUUUGUUUUACUGUUGAAUACACAGUACAGUAUGUAUGUAAAAAAUGUUAGUAUUGUAUGUUUUUCAUCAGAGUGUCUAACGCAAGUCGUUGUUAGUUUACAGUUUUUAUCACCCUGUGGAGACGCCUGCACUCAUUUCAAGCAAAAACAGUUCGGCAAAAAAAAAGUAAAACGACUCACUAUUUUUCACACGGCGGCCGUUUUUUCUCUGAGAUCACGCUCAACAGUGAAAACUAAACUCUUAAAACAUAAACCUAGAUGGAAAUGAGAAAUAAAGAUAAUCAAAAAAGUGUGAAAAUUGGUUUAAAUAUUGAUAAGCAGCACAGAGCCAGCCCAAGCCUCAAUGGGGCCCUAAGCAAAAUUUGAUUUUGAGGCCCUCUAUUUCUGCCAAUGAUACUGAUUGUUGAUCAUUCACACUCCACAAAUCCCUUUGAUUAAUAUUCCAUGACAUGCAAACAUACCUUUAUCUUGGCGUUUUUUUCUCUUCUUCCGCUGUCUUUUCUCUGCUCCUGAAGGACAUGUCCUUUUUUGCCAAAUUGUUCUGCCUCACAACUACCUGCGCUUUGGAUGCUCAGUGCACAUUGCACAGCAGAAGGCACAUAACGGUAGCGGAGCUUUGACAUAUCAGCAGUAAGAAUCAUAGGUCUACAUCAGCAGCAGCACUAAAAUGUUUUUACUUGAUUUAAUUUUAUUUUUACAGUAAUAUAUAUUUGAUCAUACAGAAAGCAUCACUCAUACAUGCAAAAAAAUUAAAAACAUUUUAUUUAUUUAAUUAUUUUUUGAUUGCUCUUGGGGGCCCACCUGUUGGCCGCGGGGCCCUAAGCAGACGCUUAGUUCGCAUAUGCCUUGGGCCGGCUCUGAAGCAGCACACUUGACAUGGAGGAAGUCCAAUUUAGCGACCAGCCAAUCGUAAUGCAUCAUUAGCGUUUCAACUCCUCCCCUUUGAGCCUGACUUUUUAAAAGAACGGCCGCCAUGUGUUUGCAACAACAGUUUUCUCACCUGAUGUUGGAAGGAUGGUCCACUUCAGCUGUCUACUGUAUAUGAAAGUAUACUGUGAUCCACUUGAUCCCUGUGAGUUUGUGACUGACCCAGAAUCACCCGUCCGGGGUGAAAGGAUGAAGAUGUGAUUGUCUCAAAAGUUUAAGGGGGGGCGAAAUCUAAAUUUCUGAAGAUAGAAAUGAUGUCCACUGAUCCCCUCUCCCCGCUCGACGGCACAUAACGUACGUGAUUUUAACAUUUUUGUUUUAUAUUUCGAUGAUAAUGAUGAUGUUGAGUUGACUUUCAGCUUUUCUUUGCUUUUUAUUUCCUCGUUUUUUUUAAAGCUGGAAAUCCGUGUUGUAGCUUGUUCUGCUUGAAAUGCAAAUCUGAGUAAUGAUGACAUCUUUGUGGAUGAAGCCAUUUUUAAAUAUUCAUCUGAUGCAGCAUUUUAUGAAUACAGAGGAAUACUGAUGGACUGUUUGGACUUUUGAUGGAAGGAUCGAUCACACCCCUGUUGAAUCAAGCUCAUUAGUACCAUUUUUGCUUUUUCGUCCCCCGCGGCUCGAUACGCUUUCUUUUUUGUUUCGUUCAACACGAUAAGGCACAGAUCCGCAAUUUUCAGACCGCAGAUUACUUCAAUCCUUCAAGUUUUCUGCAGCGAGACCACCACAAACCUUGGAAGUCGAUGCCCCGGAUUAACCUGCCUGUACAGAGGAAACCGGCACGUUGGAAUUAGAGAGAGUAUAUAUGAAUAUAUAAAUAAAGUUUAAAAAGGAUUUUAAACAUCUAUUUUAACUAUUGAGAGUCUUACCAUUACUUUAUCUGCUUUGCAAAGUAAGACUUCUUUUCCUUUGUAAAGGUCUACCAAAUGGUGUGUUUUUGCACUUUUUUGUUUGUGUUCCAUUUGGUAGCCCAUGCUUGUGUUUUUGGAGCACUGAAUACUUUGUAUUGUGUUUACUGUGCCAAUUAAAUAUGCCUGAAAGUUAAUGAGCUGCUAUUUGUGUCUUUGUUUUCUUUCUCU